AUGUGCUUGUUGGUGAUUUUGUUUUAAUGUAGAUCCCUGUCCAGCAGGCAGGAGUUCCCCAAAUAUCAAAUUCGCAGGUUGCACUACUGAUAAUGAUUACAUCACGGGACAGCAGUAGGUAGACUGGUAUCUGGUCCAGAUCUUUGAAUGAAUUGUAGACUAGCAGGAUUCAGACCCUGGCCCUCUUCUAAAUUAGGCUGCAAAGAUGGAGAGAAUGGGGCUGGGGAGAUUUUUGUAUGACAGGACUGUGACCUCCAUUAUGAUACUGACAACAAAUUCCUGGGUCCUCAGUGACAACCUGAUCAAGAGCAUCUCUGUUUUGCUCCUGGCCCUUGUUGACCUUAAAAUAAAAAACAUCCUGCAGGCACCACAAUUCUUCCCUCACUUGGAUUACCUAACAGAACAGGGAGCAAGUAAUCAAAAUAGGGGUUCAGAGAGCAGAGCUGGCCCCUGUGCCAAAUCUAGCCAGAAGGUUGCUGCCUGGUUCUUCAUUUAGUUGCCAAGCCAGAGUGAGACAGAAGUGCCUGUACCAUAGAGCUUCCUGGGAAACUACUGUUGGGAAGAGGGUGGAGCUUUGGUCUCCUGUCAGAUAAUAAUGUAUACACAAGAACAUAUUAUUACAGUAUGUAUUAAUUUAUCAGGAAAAAGUACUAACCUCAUAUUCUGUACUCGAAGACAUAAACACAGAUUAACCAGAUUAAAUAAUAAACUGACAGGCAUUGGUGUAACGGACAUUUACCUAAACUUUUCAGUUUCUCUGGAGAACAGAAGGGGAGGUAGAGGAAACAGAAAUGAAACAGACCAACAUGAUAGUUGUGAGACUGCAUUUUCAGGGCAGAUGCACUGAAAUAAUGUGAGGGGCACAGGAAUGCAUAGUCUAGCCCCUCCCACACCACUAUAUGGCAUGGUCACACCUACACUGUAGCUUCCUGCAAUAUGAAAUGUUUACCCAACAUCCAUGUGUUCGGCAACAUGAGCAAGGCAUCUCAUUUGGAGAUGUAGUAAACCUGUUGUCUAGUUUAGCAUGAGGUGAGCAGCUUUAUCCCCUAAGAGCUUCACAAAUUUGUCUCAGUAGGCCUCCAAGUGCUCCACAUUUCAUUGGCCAGGAAAAAUGACAAAAAAACUCACCAUGUGGAACAGCUCUGCAGGAUGGCCACCUGAGGCUGCAAUGGAAGCAGAAUAGUAAGACUGAUGCAAUAGUCAUGAUUAAGAACUCUAAUUCAUGUUUGGUCAUCUUCACAAUGAGAUUUCCACCAUCUGCACUCUAGCCAUCAUCUGACCUUCAUUUUCCACAGUUCCCCAGAGAGCGAAUGUGGGUUCAUGAUGUCAGUGUAUCUUCUGGCUCCAUAAUUCAAGUGGGCUUAGUAGCAAUUCUAUCCUUGUUCAAGAGGCAUAAGUCAGAAACAGGAAAAUGAAAGCAAAAUAACAGCUGUUGGAUUGGAAAGCUUUUAUUCUUCAUAAUAUCAAUAUCACAAACAUGUUCCCCAGUAUUGUAACAGAGUAUUCAAGUGUAAAUGUUGAAUGAAAAAUAAAUGAAAGUAACUGAUGCAUGAGUUGAUUCUGGUAAAGGAGGAAAUAUUGAAACUCCGAACUAAAUUUGACUGGCACAUAAGAGGGAAAUGGCCACCAAGCUUUGGCCAAAAGCUCAUCUGCGACUGUUUGUGCUUGAAAGCAACUGAACUGCCUUCUCAGAUUAAAAAAAUAAUAAUUUAACUUUCAAGUCUUACAGAAGAUGUUAUACAACACCGCCAAUAAAUCAAAUUGCAAGCCAUGACAUACCCGAGGACAAUUCCUCAUUUUGUGAUCUUCUGUGGCACAUUAGUUGGUACCUAACAAUUAAAUGUGCAUAUAGGAAACAAAGAUGAUUCUUUGGUGCUUUUUCUGGUAUACAUCAGGGCUCUCCACCAUCCUAAGGUGCUAGAAGAAAUGUUAGAAGUAUAUAGAUACUUUUUCUGAAACACAUUUGAGGUCUACACCCACCAUUCUUCCCAUAAUGUACCACACAUUUGGGGAUUCUCCCCUCUCUACAUUUUUACCACUUCUCCCUCUUAAAAAAAAAAUGUAAGCACUCUUAUCAGUUUUACUAAUGCCAAGGUCUCCCUUCUCUGAUUUCUGGUGAACCUGACAAUGCUGGGGGAAAGCUUAGUCAUUAUCUCUUCGCUCUCCUUGUUCUCAAUGAAACAGGAGAAGGUUGGGUGAAGGCCUUGUCAAGGUCACCAAUACAGGAAAUCUUCCAUCUGCCCAUCCCUUUCCCAUCUCCUGCUCCAAGGGUCAGAGGGUGUGUGUGUGUGUGUGUUUUCUUUUAAAAAGUAGUAUUUCUACACAAAAUACUUUAAUUUUUAAAAUAAACUGGCAGGCAUUGGUGUAACUAAUAAGACAUUUCCUCAAACUUUUAAGUUUCUCUGGAGAACAGAGGGAGGGAUGAAGGAUAGAGAAAUGGAACAGGCCAAAAUGAUAUUUGUGGGAUUGCAUCUUCAGAACAGAUUGUCUUGGGACAAUGAGUGACAGAUACUGACAAUGACCACAGUUUAGCUGGGUGGGAAUAACUGACUGGGGAAAUAAAAGAUCAAGCUGUUUCUCAGUGAGUCUGUUAGUCAACUGAGGCUAUAGGUAGCUGCUUGGCUCUAGAUUUUUAUCCACUGUUUUUCUUUUCCGUAUUUUUUUUUUGUUCUGGUGACUGGUGCUUCUGUCAAGGCUCUUGUCACACUGUGGAAUGGUAAGCACCAGUCACCAGAUGGAAAUCCCUCAAAGCAUUCAGGAAUACAUCAGAUUCUCUAUGGGUGGACUAUCUGAUUUGGUUUUCCAGCCCUGCAGAGUGAAGUCAUCUUGUGUUUUAAUUUGUUGGAAGCCACCGAAUGGCUGGCUAACCCAGUCAGAUGGGAGGCAUAUAAAUAAUAAAUUAUUAUGAUUAUUAUUAUAACUGCAUUCAGCCCAAAUCUCAACAGUGAUCUGUCCAUGACAAUGGAACGGAUUUAUGAUGAGCUGCCCCCUCCAUCAGCUGAGUAUUGCAAGUCUGCUUUGUGGCAAAUACCGCAAAUGAAGGGGGAGCAGUGAAAUAGCCAUGUUUGCUGAUACAAUUUUUUUUUCUUCAGAAUUGCUAAAACAAAAAUAGAUUUUAAGGAGCUCCAAACUGGGUGAAUGGACACUAAAAUGGGAAAUGUAAAUUGAAGUAAGCAAGUGUAAAUUGAUACAAACUGGGGCAAAAAGUCUUAAUUUCACAUAUAUACUAAUAGGGUCUGAGCUGGCAGUGGGUGACCAAGAAUAAGACCUUGGAGUCAUAGUGGGCAGCUUAACAAAGACGUCUGCCCAGUGUAUGGCAGUUGUAGAAAAGGUGAAUUCCAUGUUAGGGAUCAUUAGAAAAGAAAUUGAAAGCAAAGCUGCCCAUUUCAUAAUACAAAUCUAUGGUGUGCUCACACACUGAAUACUGUGAAUAACUCUGGAUGCCACCUCCGGAGUGGAAAACACUCAGAAAAAGGCAAGCAAAAUGAUCAAAUGGGCUCAACUUCCAUAUAAGGAAAGGUUACAACAUGGGUUUUCGCGUAGAAAAAAGAGUUAGUUGGGGGAACAUGGUAUGAAGAAAGUAGACAAGUCCCCCUCUCGUAAUACUAGACAGAACACGGUCAUCCAAUGAAGCUGAAUCGUGGAAGAUUUAGGAAAAGCAAAAGGCAGCACUUCUUCACACAGUGCAUAAUUAAAUUGUGGAAUUUGCUACACUAUGUAGUGGUGCAUUGUGUUUCUAUUGCAAUUAUCUCUAAUUUUUUACUAGAUCAUAUGUGUGUGUAUUUAAUUCCAUUAAUGUUUAACUGAUCUUAUUUUAUCUGUAUGUCACCUGGAGUCCCUGUCAAGGAUAAAAGUUGGGUAAAUAAUAAUAAUAAUAAUGGUUCUAUACUACCUUCAAGCAUCAGAGGUGGUAUUGCAAGUUGUUGAGGAACACAACCAGGAGACUGCUAUUGUUAUGUCUUACUUGUUGCCUUGUGGGAGGAACAGGAUGCUGUACAGUACUAGAAUGGUCUUUGAUCUGAUCCAGAAUGAGUCUUUAAAAUUUUUACUAUGUUAUAAACUUUUAUGGACUUGGGUCCACUUCAUCUGAUACGUGUAGUGUGAUUCUCAGUUACAUGCAUGUUGUUGUUUUUUUGCUGCAAUACACUGACCCAGUCACCCCUCUAAAAAUAUUUAAAAUUUUAUCAUAAUUCACAAUUAAAAAAGCACAUUCUACAGAAAUCCAUUUUUAAUCUUCUCUAAAAUUGAAUUGAUAACCAGUGGCAUUCCUUGAAUGUACUGCUUAAGAAAGAAGAGUUAUGUACACUUUAGAUUAGUUCCUAUGUCAAACUUGUCUUCAUUUAUUGUUCUUUCUAGCUAAUGCCUUCCAAACAUGUUCCCCAUUGACCCCUUUCUCUUCGAAUCUGCUUUGUCUGAAUCAAUUUCUAAGAAGCCCUUUGAACAGAUGAAAUUCUGGAUGGUUUUAAGAAGAUCCUUUGGUGAUCCAAAACAAACUUAUCAUGUUUCCAUUUUAUCUACGGGGAAUAUAUUAAAUGCUAGCAACUGUCUCAAGAGAUGGAUUAGAAAGAAACCAGAAAAUCCGGGAAGCACACUCUUUCCCCAAAGUUUCUUCCACCUCAUUUCUAAUAAGGCUCAGGGAGAAGAGGCUAAUGUUGGCACAGCAAAUCAAUCUUAUUUCCGAUUUCAGUCCUCGGAUGGGCUUUGGUGAUGGUAGAGAGAUCAAACUCCAGCAGGGAGUUUGAACCUGGCUGCCUCUUAUUACGUCUGUCCAACUUCAUAAUUAAGUGUUGCUUUAAAUUAUUAUGAGGAAGGGCCCGAGGGAGGUGCAUCGGCAGUUCCAGGUUCACCGUCGUCGUCGUCGCCCCCAUCUCCUUCUCCCUCCUCUGGCCCCACCCAAGCGCGAUCUAGCGCCUUCCCGCUGUUGCAGCCCCUUAAAAUAAAAGUGGAUCCAAUAACACGUUGAUUCCUAGCGGGAGAGGGAUGUACUUCCGCAGAUUGUUCUUGUGGGGAGGGGGAAGGCGAAGGCGACUGAUAUAAGAAGUUAGGCAGCGUAAAUAUCUUAUCUUUAUCUAUUUAAAAAGCGGAGGUUUGGGGGCUCCGCCUGGGAUCGGGGGCAAGUGAGACAAGAGCCACAGUCCAAACCUCCAAAGCCACUGACACCCCCGAUCAACGUUCAGUCCAGGGCAGCAGCCGGCCGAAGAAUCGCAUUAGGAAAGGGGCUGCAGCUGUGGAUCAGCUGCUGCCGCCGCCGCCGCCGCCGCUGCUGCGAGGCAGGGGAGGAGUUUAAAGGGGAUCAGGAAGCAACGGAGUGUCUAACACCUCUCCCCUGCUAUGGCUGGCUAAAGAAAAAUCAUCAUAACCAUAACAAGAAGGGGGGGGGGAGGCGGAGAGAAGGCAGAGGGAGUGAGCCAGCCGAGCAAGCGAGGGGGUGGUGGGGGAUCAGCAGCAGCAGCAUGAGAAGGCGAGCUGAUCUGGGGGGCAACAUGAGGUCAGUGGUGGGCUUCUUGUCCCAGAGGGGCUUGCAGGGAGACCCCCUGCUCACCCAGGACUUUCAGAGGAGACGCCUGCGAGGCUGUAGAAACCUCUACAAGAAGGAUCUCCUGGGCCACUUCGGCUGUGUCAAUGCCAUUGAAUUCUCCAACAAUGGAGGCCAGUGGCUGGUCUCAGGUAAUGCAACCCCUCCCCCCUCCCUCAAUUUUUAUUUUCUUCUUCUCUUCUCUCCCCCACCCCCCACCCCGCCCGCAUCCCCGAGCCCGCAUCGGAAGACGACCAUAGCGGCGUUGAGAGGCGUAUUCUCUCUCCUAUACACACAAACACCCCCGAUGUUUCCCAAAUAGAGAUCUAAAAUGGUUGACAGGUUUUUUGGGGGGGUUGUUUUUGUUCCCCACCCCAAGUCCUGUUUAUGGUGGCGGUCUGGUUUGUGGGAGUGGAAGUUUCGUCUUCCCGAUCAGAAAGUGUCGGCUACUCUGCGAGGCUUGAUAGUGUGUUUUUUUUUUAAGAGAGAGAUAAAAACCGAUGUAUAUUAAUAACUGACUGCCUAGUCCUCCUAGUGUCGGGGGUGAUUGGGAACAAAAUGGAUAAAGACCCGAAGGAAUCCCAGGGGCAAAUGACAAAAGUAAAUAACGAGAGACGCAACAUAUCCCAAAUGGAGACCGGGGUCGGUUUUUGUGGCCGGAUCCGGAAGGAUCCGUUGUUUCCCCCCCUCCACUUAAUAGGGCGUGUGUGGUUUUGAAGGCAGCUGGCUAAUUCAGGGAGGGGGCAGCACUGCGGGGGGGGCACUUGUUUAUUUUAAAACUGCGGGGUGAUUUUAUUUUGCGCAGCGCCUUUCUGGAAAGAGGUGGUGCAGACACUCGUUUCCUACCCCCCCCCCCGGCUUUAAUUGUAACUGGGGAAGAGUGUGUUUGGGGGGGGGCUUCCUUAUGGGGAGGGGGAUCUGCUGUCAGGUGUCGGGGAGCCUCGGAGUUGAUGCGAGAGCUGCGCCCGGGUGGGGGAGGCGUAGGGAGGCGCCCCUUCCGGACGGGGCCCAGGGAAUAAUAACCCCUUCGGCCUGCCGCCCCCUUUCUGCGCCUGGCAUCAGGGGCAGACCCCCGGGAGGUGGGCCAGAUCCGUCUCCCUCCUCCCGCCUGCCCCGCUAUAGCCGCCGCUCCCCGCUCUGAGAGGAAAUGGCUAACUCCAGGCCGGGGCUUGAGUGGGAGCUGCAGGCCUCGCUCUCCUUGAGCUCCUCAUAGCGACAGGCCUGGGAAUCGAUGGCCUAUCCAGGGAGGGGAGGGCGACACGCGAGUGGCACAUCGCAGCCCUUGCGAAGCGUCUCUCCCGUGUGUGUGUUUCGGAGUCGGGGUUUCCCUCUCUCGCAGCCGUGGCUGGGGGUGUCUUGACAGGUGGCCAAAGGGAGGCAGCCCUCGCCUGCCUCUCCCUCUCCUCGAGGAGGAAACGUAGGCCACGGAUAGGAGAGUCAAGAUGCACAAGGAUGCUUAAUCCGGAAUAACUACCGCCAAAUGGUUCUCUACACCAUUUAUAAUCUCACACUUGGCGGCUUCAUCCACUCGAGUGCCUUCUCUCUUUAACCUAUCCCGGCUUGGAAAGUGGCCCAGUGGCUGAAGCCUGUUUAAUUGGUAACUAAUAACCAAUGUUAAAGGAGCCCUUUCCCUCUUUUUCCACCCUGAAGGCUUGUUGCAUCUGCAGUCUGAAGGCAAUUCUGACACAGCAAACCCUUUCUUCAAAAGGAAGAAAGGGAAACUGAGGCAAAGGGGGACCUUGCUCUUUCUACUGCCUUUAAUUUGAGAUAAGCGCAAAGAAGGGUUUUGGCAUUUUACUUUUAAAUUCUAUAAUCAUUUUGGAGGGACAAGAAGCCUCUCUGGCUCCAAGUGCCUUAUAUAAGCUUCGGCCUCAUCUGGAUGGGCAUAGCCUGGCAUCAGUAGCCUAUGCUCCUGUAAUCUCUAGGUUACAUUACUGUUUUUAUAAAUUGGGCUGCCUUUGCAGGUUGUUUGGAAACUGCAGCUUUUGCAGAACGUUAACGGAGACCAGGUGAUCUGGACAUAAAACACCAGAUCUGGCCUAGCUGCGUUGGCUCCCAGUUUGUUUCCAAGCCCAGUUCAAAGGACUGGUUUUAACCUAUAAAGCCUUACACAGCUCAGGACCCCAACAGCUUGCAGAUGGCCUCUUCCUAUAUGAGCUUCCCCAGAUCCUAAGAUCAUCAUCGGAGGCUCUUUGUAUGGAGGACGGCAGCAAGAGCAUGAGUGUUUUCAGGGAUGCCCCCACCCAUUUGUGAACUGCUCUCCUCGGGAAGGCUUGCCUGGCACCAAUAUUUUUUUGGACCAGGUACUUGAAUGCUAAUAUAAUUAUAGCUCCUGCGGGCAUUCUGCCUGAGUAUUUUUAGGGAGUGUGCUUAUGUAGUGGGUAGGGGAGGAGUAUUCAUCUAUUAUAAUGAGUGGAUAAUCUAUUUUAGUGUAUGACUGCUGAUUUUGAAUGUUGUAUUUGUAUAUAUUAUCAAUUGCUUUGAGAUCCUGAAUAGUGGCAUAAUAAAGGAAAUAUAGGAAGCUGCCUUACAGUGAGUCAGACCAUUGGUCCAUAUUGCUCAGAGCCAUCAACGCUGAAUGGUAGCAGUUUUCCUGGGUUUCCAGCAAAAGUCUUUUCCAGCCCUGCCUGGAGAAUCCAAAAAUUUAACAUGGGACCUUCUACAUGCAAAGUGUGUUCUGUACUAUGGAGCUGUAACCCUUUUCCUAAAUAUAUUUCAAUGCACUCAUAACAUGCUGUGAUAGGGUCACUGUUUCCACUUCUCAGAUAUGAAAUGGAAACUAGCACAAAUUAUUUGCCUCAGGCUGUCUGAGUCCAUAGCUUAGCCCUUUAUAGUCCUCUGCUUGGAAGGUAAUCUCUCUCAAUAUCAAAGGGUGUUUCUGCUAUUACUGUUCUAGCAAUAAUUAUGUUCCAUUUGAUUUAACUGGGCUUUAAUCUAAGGUGAACAGAUUAAAAAAUUAGCUAAUUUUCAUUUUGUCUAGCUUUCAAGUGACUUAAAUUUGCAUAUGGUAAAAGACACAGUGUGGGUGCUAGGAACGAACAGUUUUUGUGAAGCGUGAGAGGUUUUAAAGUGGAAAAAGACAAAACUCAUUGUUUUGAUGAAAAUGACAUCUUUAUUGCUUUACUACAUCUCAGGAUAUUCCAUAUUCUACUAACAUGCCAGAGCUAAAGUGCUUUCAGAAAUAAACAAGUUCAAUGCCCAUCAUUAUUGUGGAAGCUCCAAGUUUAGAAGACAUGUUAAUAGAGAUUUCAAGUGAACCCUCACUACUUCAGAUGUGUGAUCUAUAUUUAAAGAAACAGCUGUUUUAUUCUGGAAGUUGUCUACAUCCCCGCCCCACCCCCACUAAAAAAACAAAACAGCCUUGGUGUGUGGAUGAAAGCUGCUGUUUGAUGUGCAAUAUGAUUAACCCUUUAGAAUCUUGUUUUUAGUCCCUGAUUAUUGGUAGGAAAAUGUUCACCAACUUUUAAACACAAGCUAAUCUACCUAUAAGAGGCAAUAAUCCUAAACUACUCCUGCCCUAUUUUCAAUAUUAUUCAAAGGCUGCUUUGUUGUGAUUAACUAAGUAAUACAUAGUAAUCAUAUUUAGGCAAUUGCAGGUUCCAUCAGCUGCAGCUCCCAAAACUGGGGUGGAUGGAGUACUAUGCAGUAUGUGAAUGAAGAGGGUGAAUAAAUUGUGGGAUUAUGAUUUUUCAGGAGAGGAGAGUGCAUAAAACUAGCCUUGGUUGCAAACCCUUUCCCCUCUCUAUAGCAGAAAUAAGGCUAUUUAAUAUUUUAAUAAUAUUUAAUUUAUUUCUCAAUGAUUUAUCAGUAUCGAUAUUAAAACAUACUAGCAGCAUUUAUACACUUUUGAGCGUAUCUGAAUGUUAUGGACAGAACUGUAACGAAUACUGGGUUUUGGCUUCAAACAUUCAUCACUUGUUGUAGAAGUGUAUCCAAAAAAUGUGGACUUGUAAGGUUUUUGAAACUUAAGCACUAUAGCAAGAAAGGAAAGAACGAGCUCUCCACUGGAAAGAGUAUGGCUGCAGUUUGGAUAAUUAGGUUCAAAUAUAUGGGAAAACACACAUUUUAUUUAGAGACCAGAUUCACAAGACUAUGGUUUGUGGAAUAUUUGUUGCAUAGAAGAGGACUGUUGGCAGGUAUAGCCUUUCCCCCCUGUACAAAUAUGACAGGAUAUUUCACUUGCAGACACUCUCUGAACUGCCCAGCUAGUAAAUGUACUGGACCCUUGUCCUCCUCCACAGUUGUCGGACCAUGAGGCAACUCACUUGAGAUCCCUAUACAGUACUGGUUCUCGCAUAUCUAGUACAAAGCCUUUAACUUCAGAGGUUUCUGUAGCCUUGCUCCAUCUCCUGCCUUAGUUCAGGUGAUAUCCCUGCAUGUGACCUUCGCUAUUCAACUCUUACCAAUUGUCUAAAAACCUCCAGUUUGCCCUCCCCUCUCCAAUCAUUGCACUGCCCACCCAUGGAUGUUGGGGGGGGGUGUUCUGUCCCUCCUGGCAUACUGCUUUGUCCUUCUUAAAUACCUCCUCAAAGCCUACCUUUUCCUGGCCUGUAUCUUUAGUUACCUUUGGUUCCCCAGCUGCCAUCUUGCUCUCCUUUGGUAACUUUGUUUUUCCUUGAUGUUUAAUGUCUGUUGACUGCUGCUGUUCUACUACAUUUGAAUCCACCUUUCCUCUAAGGAGUUCAGAGUGGCGAGCAUGCAGAGGUGUAUCUAGGGGUUGAUGAAACUGGCCCCUGCAGAGCAGGGUGCAAAAAUCACCUACCGGGCUAUGGAGUGUAUGAUGUAUAUGUGCUUGGUGACGCAAUGCCACUGUUGCAGUGAGAUCAAACACAGGCUUUCUCUGCAGUAAAGUGAUUUUUUUUGGGGGGGUGCCAAUACAGCUUAUUGCCAAGGGCUUAAGGGACCCUUGGCACACUUCUGCCAGCAUAGUUUUCCUUCUUCCCAUUUUAGGUAGGUUGAGGUAGGUUGGCCUGGGUGUAUUUGACUGCCCCAAUAAGUUUCAUGGCCAAGUAGGGAUUUGAACUUAAGUUUCCUCCAUCCUAGUCACACAUGAGCCAUUAUUCCACAUAGUGUCUCUCUUUUGUCUACUUGACAGAAAAGUUGCCCACUUCCUAAACUUGUUACUAGGCUCUUCUAAAGUGGAAAGGUUUCCUUUAUCCUGAAUGAAAUAAAAGGGUUAGACUACUUCUAGGGCUUGAUUCAAUGCAUCCUUAAAAGCACACCUUAGAAUAUUUGCCUUAAAGUAAUAUUCUGGCUAUGACUGUCCCUUCUGUGAAACAUGAGCAGGUUUCAAAUAUGACAACCAUUGGUAAAUUUGCAGCAGUCUAUAUUCUUUAGAAAUGAAAAGGAGAUGGUACUAAUAUUCAAAAGUGAAUUUUAUCUAUUUGGAGCUAUUAAUUUUAUUAGAGUGUAAAUUGGUUAGUUCUUUACUUGAUAUAGACAAAUUCUUAAUGAAAAGUGUAGCAACGUAUUUUAAUGAACAGAAUGUGCUUAGGUUUCUCAUGUUAAUUGUUAUCUUUUUACUUGUCUUUUCUAUUCCAAUCUUUACCUUCUUAAUUGAACCCAGAAUUCUUCUGCUAGAAUUAUCUGCAGCUGGUUUGACCACAUCAAACAGCUGUUGUUUUCUCUUUCCACCCCAGCAACAUCUUUCUUCAAAACACUUACCUUGCUCUCUUGAUUUCCCCACCCUUCCCAUUCUCUCUCUCUCUCUCUCUCUCAAAUUUUGACAGUCUCCAAGUUCUACCAUUCUUACUCAUUCUCCUAUCUGCCUUUCCUAGAUCAAUCCACAAAAGUCCUGAGUUCUUCCUGAGAAAUUCGGAACAAUAUUGAUCUUGAAAGAUGUACAAAUACCCUCAUAUCUGAACUGUUUCUCUGUGUGAAAACAUUAUCACUCCUUUCCUAGAGCAGCUCCCUGUCACAGAAGGAAUGACAGCCUAAUUCCAUAUGAAGAAUAUAAGAAUUAUAAGUGGGGCCCUACAAUGAAAUGUUGCAGCAUGAGCUGCUUCUGUUCAGAGGUCCAGCCACUCCACUCCAUUCCAUUCCCCCUCACCCCUUGUCCAACCCCCUCGGCAACAGGAAGUCAGCAUUUUGUGUCCACUGAGCAUUCUUAAUCCUAACUGGGGUGUGUUUGGGAUUUUUUGGGGGGUGGGGUGGGAGGUAGAGCAGACGAACUAAUGCUCAAUCCUAUCUACUUAAAAAUCUUGAAAUCUCCCUUGAUUUCUAUGUGCACUGUUAACAUCUUUCCUGAGGAAUAUACUUAAGUGCAUUUUAUACAGGUGAGCCAGAGGAGUUUACCUCAGUGGGUGCAGAGAGUAGUGAAUGCCUCAGUACAGGUGCAGGAGGUACCACUGGCCCUUAGAUAAGCAGUGGGAUGCCCCCUUAAGAGGACCUCCCUGGACCCAGAAGUGUUAAGCAACCAUCACCUAGUUGUUAGUUGUCCUUGUUAAGCAAGGUGCUCAGGAUCCUCAUGGCAGUUCAGCUAUAAGAGUGCUUGGAAGAAGUAGAUUAUAUCAGGGGUUGGCAAACUAAGGUCUGUGGGCCAGAUCAGGCCCAAUUGCCUUCAAGAUCUGGCCUGCAGACUGUUCGUGGAUCUGCGUGGGGAUUCUGUUCAUUUGGGCUGUGCCAUUCCCCCCCCGCGCGCCAUUCCAUUCCAUUCCCCCCCCCCACACACACCACUGCGCCCCCUCCUCCCUCCUUCCUCCUGGCUUCUCCCCUCCCUGCCUAGAGGAGGAAGGGGGCUGGGCUGGGCUGGGCUGGCUGAGCGCCAUUUUAAGCAGCCCCUCUCCGGAGCCAGCCCUUUCGCGCCACUCAUCUUCCCUCCGCCACUGAUGCCCUGGUGCUCCUGUGGGCCAGAGAGUGGAGCGGAUGAGCUCCCUCUGUCUACCCACAAGAAGCAGCAGCGGUGGUGGACCCCUGGGAAGGUAAGCGCAGCGGGUGGGGAGGAUGACUACUUUCCCCCCUCACCUCUUCUUCCAGCUCCCCCUUCCCCGGUGCCGCUUCUCCGGCCCAUCACAAGGUCUGAGGGACAGUGGACUGGCCGGCUAAAAAUGUUUGCCGACCCCUGGAUUAUAUGGACCAUUUUCAGUCUGUUCAGGCUCUGGUAAGGCACCUGAAUGGCCUUGGUCACCAGUCUCUCUGCCUCUCUCAAAUUCUUCAACACAGCUAUUCCUUAAAGAACAGUGCACCAAGGUCACACCCAUGACUUCUGUCCAGCAGUCAUACAUGUAACUUACAGUUCAGUACACUGUCCUCUGUACAGUAGGACACAUGGCCAACCUAGCAUCAUUGAAUUUUAGAGUUGGAAGGGAUCCCAAGGGUUCUCUAACCCAAACCCCUGCUAGGCAGGAAUCACAAGUAAAGAAUCCCCGACAGAUGGUAAUCUAAUGUCUCUGAAAACCUCAAAUAAAGGAGAGUCCCUUGAGGAAACAUCUGAAGGCAGCCCUAUAUAGGGAAGCUUUUUAAUGCUUUACUAUGUUUUUAUAUAUGCUGGAAGCCACCCAGAGUAGCUGGGGCAACCUCAAGAGCAUUCCACAGGGUGGGCCCCACUACUGGGAAGGUCCUCCGCCUGGUUCCCUGUAGCUUCACUUCUCGCAGUGUGGGAACCGCCAGAAGGCCCUUGGUGCUGGAUCUCAGUGUCUGGGCUGAACGAUGGGGGUGACUUGGCUUCUAGACCCUUUGUCAUCUUUGUCGAUAUCCUUAAACUGUGGUGCCCAGAGCUGGACACAGUACUCCAGGUGGGGUCUGACCAAGGCAGAAUAGAGUGAUACUAUUACUUCACUUGUACAAGUAGAUAGACCUGUGGCAAACAGUUGUUGAUACACUAGGGCUAUAACUAUGUCCAAAAGCUGAAAUAGACCUGUAGUGCUCACUUCCAAACACUCCAUCUUUGGGGACAUCUUUGGAAGCACUGUUAGGAGUUACAAUUAUGCCUGUAAAUAGAUGAGAUGUGCUCAGAAGUAUACCCUUGGACUUGCUGCUUGGAUUUAUUAUUCUGGCAAGCUAUGUAAACACAUCCAAGUAUAUUCAGUUCAUAACAAGUCUACUUAAAAGGGCAAGAUUGGAGAUUAAGUACAAACCCAGUAGUAAAACCUUAAUUUUCUCAAGUCUCCUCAAAUUGUAGCCUGAGGUUGUCAGAGGAUUUUGUAGGCUUUUGUUUCUUCCAUUGAGCACAUCGCAGAUAUCCAUGAUUUAAUUGUUUUGGGAGCUAAUUUACCUUAAAAACUUUCCACUUAAUCAUGGUGCAUGUUGGAAAAGUGUUUCCUUGUAUGAUGUGGUGGUUAGACUUGGAACGGGGAAGCUGGAGUUCAAGUCCCUACAUGACCAUGAAGCUCAGUGGGUGACUUUAGCCAGUUACACUCUGCAUCACAGUGCUGUUGUGGACAAAAACUUGGAGAGGGGAACCGUAUAUGCUAAUCGCGAGCUCCUUGGAGGAAGGGAAGGAUAUAAAUGCAAUAAAUAAAACACGUAGUGUUGACUCUUGUCUCUAAUCACAGAUGAUGCAAUUGUUGUAUAUGUUCGCUUCUUUCUGGAAAACCACUGAGCAACAGUGAAGAGAUUUUGCUUAUAAUGGGGCUGUUCAUAGUGCCACAGCAAUAGAGGCUCCGUAAUUUGGCUUUCAUGUUGUAAAUGCUGGUUUCAGCAGAAAUUGUGCAGAUGCUUAUAGUGCUGUUUUUCUCCACUCUCCCACAUAGGUGGAGAUGACCGCCGAGUUCUACUGUGGCAUAUGGAACAAGCCAUCCACUCCAGAGUCAAGCCUGUUCAGCUGAAAGGGGAACAUCAUUCAAAUAUCUUCUGCCUAGCUUUUAAUAGUGGCAACACCAGAGUAUUUUCUGGAGGUAAGGAAGAAAAGCUUCAAGGGGAACAUCUUCAAUGGAAAAUUAGGGUUUCAGAAUCUUUCUGUGAAUUUAUUUUCUUUACAGUAUACUUUUGGUUUUUCACUUGUGUAGGCUUGGCAUCCUAACAACAAUCCCUGCAAAGGGAAUUCUGCCUUUUCUGAGCAUAAUAUUUUGGAUCGGGGAGAAUUGUGUUCCUCCUCCCAGGUAGUCUGUGAAUUGCUAUUUGGGCAGUGGUUGUGGGAGUCUCAGAGACUCUGCUGGAUGCUGCCUGUGACUUGGAGUACAAUAUGUUGCCUGCCUCAGUUAACAUAUAACCACCAUAUUUUAAAAGGAGGAGAACAUCAGCAGCAGGACACUUCCCCACCCACCAUCCACCCCUGGUGCAGUUCUCCAUAACAGGUUGGCACUGAAGAGUGCAUGAACAAAUAUAGACAAGCAAGGAUGAAGAACAAGUUCUUCUGCUCAGCAAGAUUGUCCUAUCCUCUAAAUCCAUUCUGUGUGGAUGGGCUAUAAGGUAAAGGUAAAGGGACCCCUGACCAUUAGGUCCAGUCGUAGCCGGCUCUGGGGUUGCGGCACUCAUCUCACUUUACUGGCCGAGGGAGCCGGCGUACAGCUUCCGGGUCAUGUGGCCAGCAUAACAAAGCCGCUUCUGGCGAACCAGAGCAGCGCACGGAAACGCCGUUUACCUUCCCGCCAGAGCAGUACCUAUCCAUCUACUUGCACUUUGACGUGCUUUUGAACUGCUACGUGGGUAGGAGCAGGGACCAAGCAAUGGGAGCUCACCCCAUCGCGGGGAUUCGAACCACCGACCUUCUGAUUGGCAAGUCCUAGGCUCUGUGGUUUAACCCACAGCGCCACCCGCAUCCCAUAUGUGGGUGGGCUAUAUCACACUCUUAAUAUGCAAGAGGGGCAUGUGGUAAGGAAAGGCAACUAGCGUAUGCUUGGGCUGGAUAAAAAAAAUCAUGUGACUUCAGCUAGGCUGGGAUAGCUUAACCUGUUUGGGGCUGAACUGACCCAUGAUCAUCAAUCCUUUAGGAGCUGCAUGUCAGAGUGGGUAUUCCCAGAGUGUCAAACUGGGUGUGAGAAGAACUGUGGUAGGGGGCUUGGAAGGUCACACAGAAGGUUUUGAUGCAGGGGAUCUGCAGGAGCUGUCAGUAAUGUUUUAAAAACUAUAAAAAGUUGUUUAAAAAAUAAAUAUUUAAGGAGUAGUCUUGGGCACUCACAAAAACCUUGGUGAUGGGACUGGAUAUGGCCAGCAUGCCAUAGGCUAGCCAGCCUUUAGUUAGGCUGUCAAUUCAGAGACAGGCAAAACCAAUGUUGAGCAGCAAACAGGAGUCCUGAUCCUGUGUUUUCCUCUAGCAUGUAAUGUGAUGGCAUUGGCAAGACCAGGAGGGUAAGUAGGCUGGGGGAAUGCUUGAGCUUCUUAUUUCCCAGCCACUUUCCUCCACUCGAUGGGGGCUAGCACCUAACCCUGGAACCAGGCAGAGGGCGAUAUUGCGGAGGUCCGAAGAAUGAGCACUUGGGUGGAGGGCGCUGCCACUAUGAUCUAGAAUGGAGUGCAAGAGGUGGGGAAGCGCUGAAGUUUGGUGUUGCACAGGGCGCCACUGAAAUUUGAGACCCCCCAGGUCUACCACUGCGAGCAGCACUUCCUCCCUGUACUUCUUCUCCCGGACAAAUGUCGUCUCAUUUCUGCUACUGGGUAUGUCCAAGUCAAGCAAGCAGGGAAUUGGGAGGAAUUUUACCCUGGACACCUUGUGCUGCCAUGAGAAAAAGGUAGCAGGCUCAUCUUUUUUUAUUUCAAAAUGAAAAUUGCAAGCACAUUAUUUCUCAAUUUUCAUUACUAAUAUGCUAUAAAAUUCUGUUUCUUCAUCUAGGUAAUGAUGAACAAGUGUUGCUCCAUGACGUUGACAGGUAAAUGCAUUACCUGCAAUGCCUGAACACUCUUGGUGUGUGUGUGUGUGUGUGUGUGUGUGUGUGUGUGUGUUUCCUAAAUGCUAACCGGUUGUUGUAUGAUAUUUUCACUAAUACAGGGGUUGCCAACAUUGUGACCUCCAGAUGUUGCUGGGGUCCAUUUCCCGCCAUCACUAACCAUGGGCCAUGCUUGCUGAGGCUAAUGAGAGUUGGCAGUUGAGCUGCAUCUGGAGGGCACAAGGUUGGCUAAUCCUGACCAUGUUGGCUGAAAGCCUAUGCGAACACCCAUUCUUGUUUGUCUUCUAUUUACUGCUUUCUCAUGAUAUUUUAUCUUCAUCCUCUUGUCUUUCCCCUUGAUAUGGUUACUAGAUAACAUACUAUGGAAAAACUGUAUCAGAGCCAUUAGGCUUGUUAAGCUAUACAGCAGAAUCUUAACCACGUCUACUCAGAAGUAAGUCCUGUUGAAUUCAAUGGGGCUUAUUUCCAGGUAAGGGUUUAGAGCUGCAGCCUUCCCAAAUAAUGUAAAAUAGCCAAAGACCCUGAUCUGGAGAGAUCCUAAUGUAUGUGCUUUCUUUCUUUCCUUUUUUAUAUUUAACCCUCCCUACCCUGGGGGCAGAUUCACAAGCAGUUUUUAAAACAUCUGAGUUUAAAGAACUGGUGAUUUUUAUGGAUGGUGUGGGGAAAUAAGUUCUGCCAGGUGUAUAGGACCAAAAAUAUUCACUUUGCAUACCAGCCCCCAUGUGUGUUGAUAUUUCCUGCUAACUUAAAGCCCAAUUCUAUGCACAAUAGGUUGCGCUUAUUUCAAUGGGGCUUACUUCCAAGUAAGUGUGCAUACAAUUGCAGGGGUAGGCUACAAUCCUUCCCUCAUUUACCUGGGAUAAUGUUAGUGGACAUGUAUAGGAUUGCACUGUUCAAUCUCCAAAUCUCUACUGUUAAAUUUUCUACCUACUGCUACUCAUAUACAGGAUAAUGGACUUUACAUAUUUUCAAGUAACAUUUUUCAGUGCUACCUGGCAGACUGUCCUGCCUAGCCUUAAAUGAGAAAGAUGAAAAACAGAUGUCUGUGUCUUUUUCAGCGGUGAAACCUUGGAUGUAUUUGCCCAUGAAGAUGCAGUGUAUGGGCUCUCUGUGAGUCCCGUGAAUGAUAACGUUUUUGCAAGCUCAUCUGAUGACGGCAGAGUUCUCAUUUGGGAUAUCAGAGAGUCUUCGCAGGGAGGUGAGGGCUAUGUUUGAGUGUGAAUGGUGGUGAGCUCUCUCAUUGGAGGGAAUUCGUCCUGAGAUGUGAAAGUCCAGAAAAAAACAGAGGGAGAGGGAGAAAGAAUACCUUUCUAGUCCCCCUCCCCACUUUUCUGAGGAUGGUUAAAACUUUCCAACAGAAAAAAAAUGAACAUUUUGGGAAUGUUGGGGGGACUAUUUUGAAAUGUUUUCUUUUUUAUAAAUAAUGAAAUGCUUUACUGUAAUGUAUUAUAUAAACAUAGUAUCCACAAUCCAUGUUACUUUAAAAGUGUCAUUGUAUUCCUGCUAAUAAUUUCAGCUGUUUACAAUGGUCUCUCAAAUACGUUAGAAGGUUAUUCCAGUCUUUUAAGAAUACUUGGUCUUCCUGAUUUCUCAUCUUUCCCAUCAGUCUAGCUAUUUCUGCAUAUUCCAUCGGCUUGGUCUGCCACUCUUCUCUGGUCGGUACUUCUUCUUUCCAUCUCUGGACAGGAAACAUCCUGCUGCUGUCGUUGCAUACAUAAACAGUCUUUUAUUUUCUUUUGGUAGUUAAAAUGCCUAACAAAAAAGCCGCUGUUUUUUUUUAAACAAAAGUUACUUUAAACAUUUUUUUCAGCUCAUUAUAUAUCAUUUCCCAGAAAGCUUUUACUACCCCACAUGACCACCACAUGUGAUAAAAUGUACCCUCUUUCCUUUUACAUUUCCAGCACACAUUUGAACUGGUUCUAAACAUUUACGCAGUUUUACUAGGUGCCAAAUACCAACGGUACAUCAUUUUCAUAUAAUUUUCUUUCAGCGAACAGCAGGCUGUAAACUUCAGAUCCUCUUUCCAUAACUUUUCCCAUGAAGAAAACUGUAUAUUAUAACCAAAAUCUCUUGCCCAGUGUAUCAUUACUGAUUUAACUUCUUUGAGAGUGAUCAUUCUUAUAUAUGCUGGAGACAGAGACAAUGUGCAAAUUCAGGAUGCAUUUCUGCACCUAGGAGGUGUUGUCAUCUUCAUCUCUUCAUGAGGGGAACACCUAGAACCUUAGUUGCUUGUGAGUUGCUGCUUGCCACCUUCUGGUGAUCUUUGAUCUCAUUUGGAGAUACCUGAAGGAAGAACGAGGCAUAUGCUGUCCUUUUGGCAUGACCCUUCACAUCUAGUUGAACUUCCCACCUUGCAGACACCUUGCUACAUAACUAAGCCAUUUAUACAUCUGAGACUUCAAGCCUAUGUGUGCCUACCUGGGAGUAAGUGCCACUAUAUUUCUGUAUAAACAUUCAUAGGAUUGCUCUGUAAAAUUUUUUAAAAAUACGUUCAAUAGUGCAAUUUUAUAUGCAAACUUAAAAUGAUGCAUUCCAUGUUAAAGCAGUAAAACAAGUGAAGGUUUAAUACAAAAGUUAGCAUUGCAUAUAUUUAAAUCGUCCUGGAAUUUACCGUAUUCUGUGUUCUUGAAGGGGGAAGGUCCUCUUUCCACCCCUGCCCCAUGGCUUUGAGAUUUCCAGAAACUUCACAUCUCUAGAGUGUGUUAAAGGGUGAAAUGGAUUGCUUUAUCCCUGUUGUGGUGGAGUCUUAUUUGAUUUUACAAGUAUUUCUAGGGCAGCUGACACUAAUAAAAACCAAUGAAAUGAAAUGAAACUCCCACAAGAAUAAAAGAGCAGGUCCAUUUGUACUCUAAGCCAGUAUCAGUGGAGAUUUAAAAAGCCUGGGAAAAUGAAACAUCUGUACCUUGGGCCAAAAAAUAAUCAUCAUAAUCCUAGGAAUAUAAGUGCACUGAAUUUUGUGUUGGGGGGGGGGAAUGAAGGGAGGACUGUUGUUAAUUGUAAGAUUUUUGAAAACCUGAAUAAAAUGUUAAAGACAUGUUAAAGCCUCUCAAGGAAAAGCAAAGGAAGAUAAUCACAACCAAGAAGCGCCAUCUCUGCUAGUUGGGUCACCUAGAGGACGGCUUCCAAAGAUUACUUUAGUAUUGUAUGGGCUGGUUCAUUGGGCAUAGGCCCAAGGAUGAACUGUGUCUGCCCGGGUUAUACCUCUGCUUUUAAGUCUUUUCAUGCACUGAUUUUCAGAAUGAUUUGCUGAGCAUUUACAAUUGCUCCCUGUGCUUUGUACACUGGGAACUUGCCUAUUGAUCUGCAGAGGACUCUGUUGAAUUUAACUCGCUGGGUUAGGUUUUGGACAGGGGUUGUGUAGAAGCCAUGUGUGAAUUCUUGAAUUUCCUCGUUUAGUUGAAAGUUCAGCUAAAUAAGAUCUUUUCUACGAUGUUCUUGUAAGCUGCUAUUAGGAUACCAUACAUAUGGGUACAAAAUGCCUCCAACUGUGAGUGAUUUAGGGACUAGUGAAAAGAGAGUAGGGGAGUAGAUGGCCCUUGAAUAUAUUUCUGCAUAACAGACUUGCUUUUGUUGUAGAGUAGAAAGGGAGCUGCCUCCCAAGGCAGCUUAGCUUGAUCACUGUCUAAUAGCUCUUGUUCAUUAGGAAGUUUCACAUCCUCCAAACCAAAAUUUGCUUCCCUGCAAUUUCUACCCAUUGGUUCUAAUCUUGCCCUUUGGCAAAGCAGAACACAAGUCUGAUCCAUCUUCCACAUGACAGCUCUUAGAUAUUUGAAGAUCUCCAUCAUAGGUCCCUGUAAACACAGGCAGUGACCAUUUUAGAUGUGUCUGAUGUAUGCACAUUGUGCCAAACCCAGAAGUGACCUGAAAACGCCGCAGAACGGGGCAGGGGUGGAACAGGGUGUUUGCAGGCUUUUCCUAUGAUGUUUCAAAUAUAGGCGAUUUCACUUAAACGUGUGGUGCCUUGGAACGUAACCGACACAUAAAUUGGGAGUUGCCUGUAAUGUAAAGAUGGAUCUGUGGAUCCUUGAGGUUUGAAGAUUUCUGUAGACUAGGUGUGGCUAUUCUGUGUCCCUCUGGAGCUUGUUGGUCUCCCAACUCCCAUCUGUCUCAGCUAGUGAAUAAGCUGCAGCGAAGCAUCUCAUGCUCCCCCAGCUCCUGACUUCCUUCAGCACAAGCAUGAGUAGUCCAGAAGUUUCCGCCUUCUUUAUUUUUUGCUUAACUACUUUUGCCUAGCUACAACUUCUUGUGUCAUCUGAGGUCGUGUACUAUGGUUUGUUAACAAUAUUUUGCAACAUCAGUCACAUUGAAAGAAAAGGGGGAGUAUUUGAGCUAAAGGCUCUCUCUGGCUUUCUUUCAUCAUGCUAAAGCUUUGGUUUACUGUAAUGUCUGUCCGUUGGGUACGGGAUCUAUGACUCAAAAGGGCAAUAAUUUUAUUUGACUUUUGACACAAUCCUAAGCAUACUUACUUAGAAGUGAGACCAAUUAUGUUCAAUGGGUGUUAUUCCCAGCUGAGUGUGGAUAGGAUUGCAGCCACAGUGUCUGAUAAUUCACAAUUUUAAAUAUGGGUGUCUUCAGCGGUGAAGGGAUUUGUGCAAUGAGGAAUUUUUUUUGUCAUCUGAGUGAAGUCUGUCUGAUGAUUUAGGGAAUGAAAAUAAAUGGGUCAAAUAAGGAAGCAAUUGUUCAUAGAAUCCUAGAUCUUGACCUAUAUUUAGAAAUGCUAGACAUUAAGGAUUUUAUUACAAACAAGCCUUUGGUAGAAUGGCGGGAAUGCUGGAAAACUGAGUAACAAGGAAAGUGUAUGGAUUUGGCAAAGAUAUUUGGGAUUCAGAGUUCUCUCAGCAACUUGGACAAGUAAUUCCAGCUUUAGGAUGUUGAUGGGGCAGCUACACUUGCUUGUUGUAGCACAUUAAACUCAUGAAAUAAAACUGUUGAAAAACCUCUACUCUAUUGAAAUGGUUUCAGUGUCACAUUACUUUUAAUGCCAUAAUCUAGUUUUAAUUAGAUGAAAUGUCAAGAACUUAUGAGAAGUUCCCUUGUGGACUACCACAAUGUUUUGUGUGCUAGUAAAUGCAAUGUUUAUGGAUUAUACUAAAGUAAUUUAUUUAAAACUCUUUCAAUAAGACACAAAUCUAAAUUAAAAUAUUUUCCACUCUGUCAGAGUUCCAAGAUCUCCCACUUAGUAAAAAAUGGUUUCUGUAGUAGAUACUACUUCAUCAGUACACUAGCACUGUCCAUUUCUGAGCCACAAAUUACCAAUUAGUAUGUGGGAAUUCUGUUUAAUGCUAGGGAAAGAUGCAUAAAACCUGACUACCAACACUAAAUAAAUUCUUGAAAGGGUUGACAAAUUUCCCAUUAAGAAAAGGUUUAGCCAGCUGUCAGCAUUGUACAAGAGGUGUUGUGCCUUUAAAAGUAAAUUGAUCUUAUCUUGUUUUGUUAACAGAGCCCUUCUGCUUGGCUAAUUAUCCAUCAGCCUUUCACAGUGUGAUGUUCAAUCCAGUGGAGCCCAGGUUACUCGCCACUGCCAACUCAAAGGAAGGUGUAGGACUCUGGGACAUUCGCAAACCUCAGAGGUAAGACUCUUCUUUCUUAUGUAUUGUUUUGUGAAAGUGGGAAGACAGAAAAAAGCUCCUUCUGGAACUCAGUUGAACUUGGUGCUUGGUAAUGUUGUGGGAAAAAUACCCACCCAGCAUUCACUGCCAGGAUUGAUCGAUUAGGCAAAGAAUGGUGAGUGGGUCUUUUCCCCCACAACAGUAAUGUGGAGUAAUUAAACUUCUCUAAGUGUGUAUUUUUUCUUAGUUUAUAAAGCUAAGUAAUAUUAGCUUUUCUGUUGAAACAUUUCAGAUAAACUGGAUAUAUGUGUGACCAUGAUUGAACAUAAAUCUGUAGCAGCUGGUUGAUCUGUAUUAGGCUUUGAGGCUUUUAACUGCAUGUGGUAUUGCUUUGAGUUCUUAAUUCCCUACAGCUCACCAAUAGCUCCUAUAAGUUUUGAACUGCCUGGGCUGUUCAUAUUUGAAAUUUCCAUGGACCACAUUUUUAUGUUGAAAAUUAUGUUUGACUAGUAGUUCUCCACACCUAAUGGCAAUUUGUUGAUGUAUCCGUGUGCUCUGUAUAUGUUUCUCAAAUCACUUUGUUUCAGAAUGGGAGGAACCUAUGGAUCAUCUAGCAGAAUUAACUGCUCCAAGUGUGAUAGUCUAUCCAGACUUUAUUUUGAAAACUGCUAGUGAAGAGGGCAUCACUAAGCAGUCUCCCAUCCUCAUUCUGUAUGGGGCUGUCCUUUAUUGUCACUGAAAUGUCCUAUUCAAUCCAAGUGUGUUUUUCUUCUGGCUUUGAAAUUUGUUCCUCCUUGCCCUAUUCUAUAACAAAUGAAAUUUACUAAAUGAUCUAUUGAACCCCUAUGCUUCCACUACAUAAUGCUGGGUGCUUCCAUGCUGGUCAUUUUUCUUCUGUAGUUGACAUGAUUUGCUCACUCAAGUUUCAUAGAGAAUUUGGAUGAUAUCGCUCCUAAACCGUUCCAACACUGACCUCCCACUUAAUCUCUUGGCCAUUUGUAAUCAAAUGUUUUGGCUUCCAGCUAGAGUGCUCUACAUUCCUUGCAUACAGAGAUUGCUAUAAUGCUGUCAUUUCUCCUUUUUUGGAAGAGACUUGGAUGAUGUGGGCAGCGAUGUAGCUAAAGACCGUGGCUCUAUCUACAUUGCCCUAUAUCUACCAUUGCCUGCCUGCACCUCCACCACUACCUUGCCAGGAAUGUGCCCCUCCCCAUCAUUGCCUCUUCCUGGCUUGAAUCUGCCAAUUUUAAAAUCUCAGUACAAUAGCGCAACAAAAGUCUAAUGUGAUAACAAGCAUGUUAAGUUUCACUGCUAAUAUUAUACAGACAUACGAGCUAGGUUCAUCCUGCUUGUACUAUACAAACUCCCAGGAUGUACAGAACGACUUUGUAUCUCCCUACUAUUCUAGUAUGAAAACCCAGAUGUCACAUACUCAGUUGCUAGAUUUUGCACUGCCAUGAUGGACACACCGUAUUUUUCCAUGUAUAAGACGCCCCCAUUUAUAAGACGCCCCCUAUUUUUUUAACUCAAAAUUAAGAAAUUAAGUUGUUUAGCUUUUUGGGGGGGUGGGGGAGGUCACUUACACCAAUCGCUCACCCACCUGCCCGCCACUGCCGAUUGCUUGCCACAGCCACGGCCGAUCGCACACCUCGCCGCUGCUGCCAAUUGUCUGCCUGCUUACCACCACCAACAGCCCACCCGCCCACUUGCCGCAGCCACCAAUCGCCUGCCCAAUAGCCACAGCCAAUUGCCAGCAGGCCUUGCUGCAACCACCAGUCAUCCGAUCAAUCGCCACUGCCAAUCUCCUGCUUGCUGCUGCCCUUAUUCGCACGUCCCCCCUCUGCAUUCACUAUCGGUGUGUAAGACAACACCCAAUUUUUUUUUUUAGCAAAAAGCUUCGUCUUAUACACGGAAAAAUACGGUAUGUCAAAGGAUUGUUUGUGUCACAAACCAAGCCUAAACUGAAGGCCCAUAAUGCAAGUCCUGUGCUGCUUCACAUUCCCUCCCUUAUAGCUGCUUUUAACUGCUUGUCUUUUGUUUCUGUCUGCUUCAAGUUUAUGUGAGUUAUAACCAGUUUUAACUAUUUUCUUUUAUCCCUCUCCUCUUUAAGUCUUAUGUGCUUUAUUUUAUUUGCAUGUUUGUAUCUCAUGAUGGUCUGCAACCACAUUAAGUUUGUAUGUUAUGUACUCUCAUUUUUACACAAAUAGCAAAUUGUGUGAAACCACACAGUGGUAACUUUUUGCCUUUCUUUGAAGGUUAAAAAAACACCUGUGCAUUUGUAGUAUGGGCAGGAGUUACAGCAGGGGUGAGAAACCUGUGGCCAUCUAGAUGUUGUUAAACUCUAACUCCCAUCAACCCCAGACAGCAUUGCAAAUGAUUGUGGGCUAUGGGAAUUGUAGCUCAAGAGCAUAUGGAGGGCCAAAGGUUCCCCACCCCUGGAUUACAGGAUUUGAGAUAAAGGAAAAAUAGGUUCUGUGUGGAAAGUGAAAGAGGACUGGCUGUAUAAGCCCUCGUGUAAAAGCACCUGCUGACUCCUUCCAGGCGCCAACAAAGGGAUCGUGGGAAUCAUUUACUGAAUUUAUGUCCCCCUUCCUCCCCAGAGUAGCAAACAGAUAAAUGAUAAAAAACCAUUCUAAAAGAGUUAACAUGUUCUAAAAACAAUUGUGGUUAAAAGCUUCUUCCAGCCAUGCAUGCUAUCUUCCAGCCUCUCUCCUCUCAGCCGUGAGCUUCCCUUUCUCCAGUCUUAACUACAAAAAUGUUUUUAGGUUGGUCCAAACGUAGUUAAUGCUUGUCAGAAAUGCUAGGGAGCUGCUGCCAGUCAGCAUAGGCAAUACUGAGCUCAAUGGACCACAGGCCUGACUUGGUGGAAGGCAGCUUCCUGUGUCAACAGUGCACAACUCCUAUCCAAACCUGCUGUGCUGUUCUGAUAUAAAAGAACCUCUCAGAAAUGGAAUGCAUGUAGAGUGUUGGCAAAAGACAUGGCAUGGGCUGUCCCAGGCCUUUUUUUGAUUUCUUUAGAAGGUCAUUCAAGCAACCUCUGCUCUUGUUUGAGACCACAAGCAAACAUUUCUCUUCUGAAUAGCGUGGGUGGUUUAAACAAAGCUGUUAUGAGGCUUCUCCGCCACGAGGAGGUGCCAACAAAUCACAAUGUGUGUAAGGCCAAUACAUGGUAGCAUAUAUAGAACUAAGUGUGGCAAUUUAUACAUUGGUGAAUAUUAUCCAUCCAAAUCCUAAGGCCACAAAGCAUAAUCAUUCCAGGACUGUUUUCUAGAUUUGGACUUCCUAGACUUGUCGAUAAAGGUUUAUGCCAUUGUAAGGUUUUAAAAAAAGGCUAUACUUCUGGAAUUGUGAGACAGUUUGCUUACUUAAAACAAGGGUGGGGAACCUCAGGCAAGGGAGUUAAAUGUGGCCUAUCAGGCCUCUAUGCCUAACCCUCAGAAUUCUCCCUAGGCCUCACCCCUCACUGCCCCAGGUAUUUUGACUAGGCUGCAAUGUGUCCUUGAACUCUGAUAAUGUCUCUUGCUUCUCUGGAUGGAGGAAAGGAGUGUGCAAAGAAACUAGCUUGCUGUACAAGAUUAAAAUUGCUUCACCAUGGUCUCCGCCCCCUCUCCCAGCAUGUGGCCCUUGGAAGGUUUCUCAUGAGGGAAUGUCUCCCCUUGGGCUGAGCAAGGUUCCCCACACAUGAUUUAAAACAUCAUGUGACAUUUUUGCCUGUUUCAGCGGUCUUGCUAAUGGCUGGCAAUAAUCAGUCAUCAUGUGACUUUUUUUUUAAAAGGGGCCUGCUCUUCAUGGUUCGCGUAUCUGGGUACAAGGCUCAUGUUGCUUUUAAAAAAACCUUGACAUUUUUACUUCCACAUAAAGCAACGUGGAUGGUUCAGUUUUGGUUUGCUAACAAAUAGGCACUUGAAUAUUCUAAGCAAAUUUAGUCCUUCAGGUCGGAUCUGCAACAAACGGUUGCCAUGUGUGCUCGAGGGCAGGGUUCUAGCUGUGCCUUGGACUGGAUACUCCCUUCCUCUCUCCUCACCCCAUUUUUCCAUUUCUUCCCACAACAGCCAGAAAGGAUCCAGUGCCUGCGGAACAUGCUUUUAAAUAUUGUUUUGUGCUUCUUCAAGCCUGCUUGUGGCUGUUUCUUGUGCAUUGAUGGUGCCAUGUUAGUUGCAUAAGGAUAAGCACUGGGAGAAUGAAUUUGCUAUCUGGGAUGUGAUAGGAUAGCUCUGUAAGUCUGCACAGACUUACCUUCCACCUUCAAAGGCAAUUUAAAAUCCUGCCUUGCAAUAUCCUCUUCUCCCCUAACCUUUUGUAUGCUUAUCAUUCACCUUGAUAAACCAUUUUGAUCAGGCUUAGGCAAACUUGGCUCUCCAGAUGUUUUGGGACUGCUACCCGCAUGAUCCCUAGCUAACAGGACCGGUGGUCAGGGAUGGUGGGAAUUGUAGUCCCAAAACAUCUGGAGGGCCGAGUUUGCCUAUGCCUGAUUUAAAUUAACUUUACUUUUCCUGUUUAACUUUUGGGUCUCUCUCCCCCCCCCCCCAUGCCAUUCUUACCGUAAAUCAUUAUUGCACAGUCAAAAAAUAUCAGAUGGGUUAAAAUAUUAGCUUGGCAGUUGUAUUAACUACUGUGUAUUAGUCUGUUCUUGUGUGUUGAGUGUUCAGGGCAUUGAGUCCUCCUUCUCCUUUAAAGUCUCUCUGCUUCCCCCACCCCCAUUAUACUGUAAACAGCAGCGCUAGAAUCUGUCAGCUCUUUCCUGCCCAUUCCUCAGCCCUUUCCUCCUCCGCCUCAGUGACUGUAAUUUCCUGACACCCCUGGCAAGCUUGCAAUUCAGUCAGGUGUGUCAGAUCACGAUAUGCAGAUUUCGUAUUAUGAAUACAGUUGUUGUCAUUUCUUCCUCUCGCUUUUCUUUUUCUUUUAAAAAAUGUCCCAACUUCGUGCUAUGCCUUCCUUUUUUGCACUUUGUUGGCAGUAAGUGGCUGUUUUCAAGCCUCAGGAAAACAAUCCAUCCAUAAAACUUGCCAAAGGGAGAAAAGCUUUAUUUAGACUAUCUUGUCUAUUUUUCCUGGAAAGGAAACCAUUAGCUGAUGCAGACAGUAGCUCCCAUUUGUCAUAUCCUCUCUCUUCUCAUUUGUCUGUUAGCUGCUGGUAAAAACUGAUUUAACCUUUAAAAAAUCUAUUCUUGGAUUAAGACCCAAAAUGUUGCUGUUCCACAGAUCCUGCUUCAUUUAUCAUUUUGUAUAGGAUCUGUGGCAAAUGACAUCACCAUGGCCUGUUCACAUAUUCUGCUGCAGUGUAGAGGGUUAAAUGUUUAGAAUCAUAGAAUCGUCAAGUUGGAAGGGACCGUGAGUAAUACCGACAUAUGGUAAUAUAUUUGCAAGUUUAAUAAACAGGAAAUACUUUAUAUGUAGAGGAAUUCAUAAUAUAGAAUCAUAGAAUCGUAGUGUUGGAAGGGACGACAAGGGUCAUCAAGUCCAACCCCUUGCAAUAUCAACUAGAUCAGGGCUUCAGCAAACUUUUUCAGCAAGGGGCUGGUCCACUGUCCCUCAGAACUUGUGUGGGGCCGGACUAUAUUUUGAUAUGAUGCAAGAGCACCACGAGCCACCUGUGUCUUGCGAGCAGCAGGCACUGGUGGCGGCAGUGGCAAGACAAUGAGCGGCGCGCAAAAGGACUCCAGAGAGGGGCUGCUUAAGAUGGUGGCUGCUUGAACGCUGCUGCUGCUGGCACCAACAAAGCCCAGCCUCCUUCCUCCUCUAGGCAGGGCGGGGAGAAGCCAGGAGGGAGGGAGGGAGGAGGCGCUGCCGCCCUAUGAGGGAGAGGGAAAGAACGCACGCUCUGCGAUCCACGGAGCGAUUCCCGGACCGUCUGCGGGCAGGAUCCAGAAGGCAAUUGGGCCUGUUCUGGCCCACGGACCUUCAUUUUCCGACCCAUGAAAUAGAUCAUACAGGGCAGGUGUCCAUCCAACCUCUGCUUAAAAACCUCCAAGGAAGAAGAGUCCACCACCUCUCAUGCGAGUCUGUUCCCCUGUCAAACAGCUGUUAGAAAGUUCUUUCUGAUGUUUAUGUGAAGCAACAAGUAAGGCUAAAGGAAUUGCUGUGGAAUAACCGUCUUCUUGUUUAUAUAAAUUGGGAUGGGGAACCAAGCUAGGUUUUCAACCUGGUUUAGCUGCUGCAUAUUAUUAUUUAGCACCAAUCGUAUAGCUGGGGCUCCAUCCUUGCACAGAAGAUUUAAUUUACCAUUGUAGCUUGUAUACAGUACUGUACGUUCUGUUGAAAACUGUUAGUAUUUCCAAGCAAAUUGUCAUGUGAGCAAGGGGGAAAUAGAUUGAUGAUAGGGUUGCUACCAGACCAGGAAAAGAAGCAAAGCUUGGCUUGGCUUGGCCUGUCACUAACAGCAGUUUUGAUCUGUAGACAUUUGUAACAGUAUAGAAGAGGCUGAGGACGUUACACUCCAGUAUAAUUUUUUUGUGAAAGAUUGAAGAGAGGUUUGAAGGGGCAGGAAGCUGGUUGGAAAUGAGAAGGAAGAAUCACAUUCUUUUGGCUUCUCUGACUGCGAGACUUCAUUUGGAUGAACUGAAAACUGUUUUUAGUUACAAUGACAUUCAGUAGCUGGGAAAGAUUGAUUUUCAAUAGUUUAAUACUUUUACCACUGUUAAUUUAAAAUUCUAAUCCUGCUGUCUGUAAAAUCAUUUUGUGCUGGCCUCCAUGGUACUUCUGAUCAGUGUGCAAACCAGCAUCUCAUUUUUUUUAGCAAAAGAAAAGCACUGCUUAUGAUACAGAAGGUGAAUGAGUUAUGAAUGCUUUUGCCGCAAUAAAUUCUGUGGUCCACUGGGAGCCAAACCCUAUUUAUAUUUACUAUCUUAAUAGUUCCUCUGUGACUUGGAUAGACAGUUUGUAUCCAUCUGAUGCCAUGCAUUGAGUAUUUUAUUCCCAAUUCUUUGGAAUGCCUUAAUAGAUGUGAUCAGAAAGGCUCCCUCCCUCUUGAACCUCAGAGGCUAUUCAAGAGGUUAUUUAGUUUCCUGUUUUGUGAUUAAUUUUAAAUUAAUUUUAUCUACUGUACGUCUUUUGUAAUUUGUAUGUACACCACUGAGAAACCUGUAUAUAAAUAGCUGAAAUAUUAUUGUUCAUUUAUUAAAGUCCUCCUGAAUUCAACAAGAGAUUAUUUCCUUGUAAGUGCAGGGAAUUAUAGUUGUAGACCAUGAUCCAGUUUAAAGUUGAACCUGCAUGUCCGUCUGAAAUUAUUAGAAUGAGUUAAUUGUGGCCAAAGUUUUAGCAAAUACUCUUAACUGGAUUUGGGACUUGAAAUAAACAUUGCUACUUGUCUGAGAUUUUGCCAAAAAUCGAACUGAAAUUUUGCGGCACAUCUAAUUCAUAAGUUAGUCCUAAGUAUAGAGCUUGGGUGGCUUAUUGGAUACUCAGUAACGUUUCCUUCCUGGAAAUUUAUUUAGGACGUCUGAGUAAUAUAUGGAGAAGUGUGGUUCAUGGAACACAGUUACACAUCUAUAGACAUUCUGCCUCCUUUGAACUCCUUCCUGCCUUGUUGUGAUAAGGAGGGAUGGCUGAUAGAGGCUUCAUGGUAGUUAAAUUGCGGCAGCCCAUCUUAUUCUUUCUGGUUUCUUGUUUCCUAGUUCCCUGCUCCGGUAUGGUGGGAAUCUAUCACUUCAGAGUGCCAUGAGUGUGCGGUUUAACAGCAAUGGAACACAGCUGCUUGCUCUCAGACGUCGGCUGCCACCAGUCCUUUAUGACAUCCACUCCCGUCUGCCUGUCUUCCAGUUUGACAACCAAGGAUACUUUAAUUCUUGUACCAUGAAAAGCUGCUGUUUUGCAGGUGAUCGCGAUCAGGUAAAGAGCCUCAGUUGCCAAGUCUGUGAGCUGAAUAAAUAUUUCACUUGUGGCAUUUAUAUCCCACCUUGCUCUCCAAGGAUCUUAAAGUGGCAUAUAUGGCUCUCUCCCUCCUUGUUUAAUCCCCACAACAACCCUGUGAGGUAGGCUGAAAGGGAGUGACCAAUGCAAAUUAAUCCUGUCAGUUUCACUGCCAGGUGGGGGCUUGGACCCCAGUCUCCCAGGUCCUAGUCUGACAAUAUAACCUCUACACCAUACUGGCUCAGUGGGCACUUCAAGAGCAUUGAUGGCAUGGCAUUAAAACACAGGGUCAGUGUGCCUAUAUUUAAGUUUCCCCCUUGCUUAAAACAAAGAAGGGUGUUAAAACUGAGAGACCUGGACAACCUACCCCAAUAACUUAGCCAACCCUAUGGGGUGAAGUAAGCCAAGAGAUGGUAGUUGACCCAGGUUGUCCACUGAGCUCCUCACCUGGGUGGUCAUUAGAAAUUGUAUGUCUCUGGUUGAAAUCCACUGUCCACUUCACCCCACUAAUGUGACUUUCAGACUAGACACAUUAAAGUGGGGAAAUGAAAUACUUUGAUACUAAACAAGGUAAUGGAACUGUGGUGGCUAAGGCUCAGUUUCCACUCCAUCAACGCAUCAUACGAGUUUAUUCCAAAAAAGCCCCACAUGGCCAGCUGUUUUAGUGCAUACAGCUGCUUGCAACAUGGCUUUGCUGCGUUUCACUAUUUUACUGUGGUAUGCAAGAAUUUGGACCAUGCUUCACAGCAAAUAGUUGCAAGCAAAUGGCGCACCAUGCAGAGCUGUCACAUGGCUAUAUUUCCAUACGAAUCGUGCCUUGGCUAAUGCAGAAAUGUUAAUUGGGAGUAGGUUGUACACCAUGUUGCCUUGAUUUGAGAUGACUGGUGCAAAUGUUUAGAAAGAUGAUAAUGUGCUUAUUUGCUUUCCCUUUGUUUCUACAUAUUUCUUAAACUUAUAUCCCACGUGUUUUCAUCAUGGAAUCCAAAGGGGGGGGUGCAUGUGGUUCAGUCACCCCCCAGGCACCGACCAGACUCAGAGCUGCUUUGUUUCUGCAUGGUGAUGACCCCAUGUGUCUUCAGACCUACUCUUUAGGAUAUUGAUGAUCUAGUAGGUUAUGAUGACUUAUCUGACCUCAUGUGGCUCAGGCCAGUUGCACCACCAUUUUUUUGGGAAGGGGGCGAGUGUUUUCCUUUGUUACAGAGGAGGAAAGAAGAAGCCUGGUGCAGUAUGGUUGGGAGAGGGGGAGGGGGCUUGAGAAAAAUUAAAAAUGAAUGCUGUUGGGAACUUGCAUAUAUUUUAUUUAGGCAGCGGAAGGGAGAGGAGAAAAAGCAGUCUUCAGAAUGCCUGGUUUUGGUAGCAUUAUGGGAGGGGAGUCUAGUUUUUUGUAGCUGCACUGAUGCUAUCACAUAGGCGCCAACUCUAAGCGGCCCAGGUCCCUUCACCCCUCCCAUAAAAUAUGGGGGGUGCCACCCCAAUUUUGAGAACAAUCAGUUGCAGAGGAGGCAGUGUGUGGAGCUGAGUGCAGUGCUGAUUCAGUGGUUGGACGCUGCUUCUCCUGCUGCCACAGAGGGGAAGCAGCCCCGGGCAAGUGGCAGGAGGAGGAGGCCAGGCUCCAGAAAGGAGGAGUCACCAGCCAUUGAACCUGCACUGCUAUUGUGUUUGGCUCCACCCCUGACUCCUCCCUGUGUCACACGGGAGUCAUGCAUGUGUCAUCUCCCUCCAAUUUUCUACUUAGGUUGCUUCCUCUAUCAAUAAAAAGUGAGUAAAGUUUGGUGAAAUAUGAAUUUCUUUAGCAAGAUCUCAGCCUUCUAGGGAAUGACUCCCAAGACUUGAUGAGAAAUUUCCUUUGUUUUAGAUCAGUGCUGCCUCUUUCAUUUCUCCUUAGUUCUGAAAUUCAUUUUUCCCUCUCCCUUUUGCUUCGCUGAAGACGUAGCAAAGCUCCGGGCCACCAGUAAUAAAAAGCACUACUUUGCUGCUUUUUUCAAGCAAGAGUUAACGUGUGCUCUCUGAAUAAAACUAAAAUUAUCUUUACUCUGUGGCAUGUCCUCAGACAUUACAUCACCACUCAGUCUCCUUUGUUGAUAUUAUGCAUGUGCAGGAAAGUUUCAGGAAUGCAGCAGUCACUGGGUUGCUCUUCCAGCAUUCCUUAGGAUGAGUUCUGCACACUGAAAGACUCUGGUCAGGAUGCUUUGGGCUUUGCCUUUCAACAUGGUGCUCCUAGAAAGAGCAGUGGCUAAAACAGCUCAUUUACAUGCUGUUUUGUUUUGUUUUUAAAUAAACUAGGGAACUUGCUCAGUGCCACUUAAGAAUAGAACUGGCAGCAUUCUCCCCCCGCCCUCCAACCUUGGGGAAUUUUUUUUGCAUGCUUUUACAGCACUAGGAAUUUGCCUUGGUUCAGGGUAGGAAACAUUAAGCAUUCUGAGGCUAGUUAAAAAAUGGAAGCAUUCACUUCCGGGUUUUCAGCGUUCGGGUUCUGAAUUGUUCAGCUUCCAAGACACUCAAAAACUGAGGUUCCACUGUAUCAGUUUUAGUUGGAAAGGGCAGGCACUUGACUACUUCAUACCACGUGAAUUCCCUCUCAGAAGCAGUGCUGUUCUCUAAGUUUAACUGAUAAGAUUUCCCUAAUUCCACCAGGCAUACAGGCUUGUUUUCAAAUUAUAAACUAGAUGUGGACAAACCAUUUUUUACAAGCCUAAUGUUGAAACAAGGGAUGCGGGUGGCGCUGUGGGUAAAACCUCAGCGCCUAGGACUUGCCGAUCGUCAGGUCGGCGGUUCGAAUCCCCGCGGUGGGGUGCGCUCCCGUCGUUCGGUCCCAGCGCCUGCCAACCUAGCAGUUUGAAAGCACCCCCGGGUGUAAGUAGAUAAAUAGGGACCGCUUACCAGCGGGAAGGUAAACGGCGUUCCGUGUGCUGCGCUGGCUCACCAGAUGCAGCUUGUCACGCUGGCCACGUGACCCGGAAAUGUCUGCGGACAGCGCUGGCUCCUGGCCUAUAGAGUGAGAUGAGCGCACAACCCUAGAGUCUGGCAAGACUGGCCCGAACGGGCAGGGGUACCUUUACCUUUAAUGUUGAAACAGUUGUACUUCUAUGAUGAACAGGGGAUUGCAGGGAAUGAUGACCUAAAUACACCUUACGAAGGUUUUCUGAAUAUCUUCAAAUGCAUUUACAAUGAUUAAUUUUGAAUGUUUUCAUUAAGGCCGUAAGAAAUAUAUUCUUGGUAACUUUAAGUAGCAAGCUUACUGAGGUGAAACGCUGGAAUUACCCUAUACUGCCAGUGGGGGGCAGCAGUGGCUAUUAUGAGACCUAUUACAUUGAAAGCAAAUAUAGACAGGGCCAUGUAUUUAAUUUCUGAUAUUGACAUGAUAUAUACUGUUCAAACAGCUGAAGGCUAGGAUUUUUUUUUGAAGAAUUAUAUUUGAGUGGUCAAAGAGUGAGGGAAUUAAUCUGAACAGUUGGAUGUUGAAGUAAUUUUUAUCCCCAAUAGCUUACUCUUAUUAGCAUACCUUUAUUUUAUGCCUUUUCUUGCUUCCAGAAAUAUGUCAUUCCUGAUUUUCUGCCUAAUUAUCAGUUGUUAUAUUUUGGGUGCACAUUUGUGUGUACAGAGCUGUAGAACGUGUUUGUUUAAAUAAGCAGCAUAUCACAAAACAGAACAAUUGGUUUUGCAGUUAUCAGUAUUGAAAUUUAUAGCAACCCUCAUUUGCUUCAAAAUUUAUGGAAUUUUAUAUAUCUGAAGAGAUGUAAAAUAGGAAGCUGCUCUUUGUCCUGUGACUAUUUUGAGAGUAGGAACUGGCUUUUGCCACAGACUUGAGAGUUCAUGCAGAACAACAACCUGGGAAACUUUUUCGAGUGCUGCUGUUGGCAGGGUGGGGAACUAAGGGAAAGAUUCAACGGCACUUAAGUGUGAAGAUGGCAAUCCAAACUGAACCGAAUUUUUGAAGUUGCAUGUGCUGGGAACGGUGUGGGUGGCUUUAGACAAGCCACUCUUCUCUUAAGACCUGGUCUAGUUGUCAGUCAUAUCCCAUACCUGUGGUGUCAAGCAGGCCAUCCAUUUUUUAAAGCAACAUUUGUUUAUUUGUUUCCUUAUCUGAACAACAGCAAGCAAUUAAUUGAAGUGUAAAAGUGCUCUGGGGAGGAGAGGGGAUUUCUUGGUGUCAUAGCUGAGAGAUUAAGGGUUAAUAACACUCCAGUCCUCCACAUUAGGGUGCUAAUAAGCAUUGGGAGCCCUGUGCUGGUGAACUGUGUAAAAACAAAAAAUCUUAAAAGGCCCAGUUAUGUAGCUAACCUAAUGUGUAAUUCGGCUCUUUAAGAUGUAAGAAGCUCUGUCAGUCAUGAAUUGCCUUACACAAAAGAAGCAAGCAAAUGUGGAGCAAGAGAAAAGGGCUGGCUUUAAUUUUCCUCUUUAAUACUUUGCAUUCAGCAAAACCUACGGAAAUAUAAAAGCUUCAAGAUGCCGACCAUUUUCCAGCAGACAGUAGUUAAGAAAAAUUUAUUCCUGUUGGUGGCUGAAUUCCAGAAUGUGCAAAAAGCACUGCUAUUAAGACCGCAGUAACCGCUGCUGAUCAUAUUCCAUUUUGCAUAAGUUGCCUGUAGUAUGUUCUCCUUUUGGGGCAGAAAUGGGAGGGGAGGUUCAGGCAGGCAAGGAAGCAGCAGAGCCAGCAGUCUGAGGAUGGCUCAUUCUAAACAAUUGAGGCAUGUUUAUAGAGUUCUGGGAUUGCUGCUUUGUGCAGCAACAGCUAUUAACCAUGCCUGGGAAUUUUCUUCCUUCUAAGGCAAACUUCUGAAUCAGCAGCUUGUCAUCCAAAAGCCUUUCCUCCCCUCCCCUUUCGGUUGUUUGCAGCUAGUCACAGAUGGAGGAUGAUUUACAUCUUUGCUCAUCAAAUGACUUUGAAUAUUUUCCCCCAAAAGACUGUUAAUGUUGUGUUUGAACACAUUCUUUUAAUGUUUGGAGAUCUUGAUGGGAGUAGGAAAUGGGGAGGGGGUUGGCAUGAGAAGCACUUUUUUUGCUGCUUUAGGUCACACACUUCCUGAGAGUAGGCUUGGGCCUGAUUUGCAUGAAACGCUAAGCUAAACCUUGAAUUAGGGAAACCACGCAAGUGUGCAGGAUCCCAGAGAGCAGCUUGCAGCACCUUUUCUCCCCUCCAGUCCCAUUUGCUGCAUGGCUUAGCGUGUUGUCUGAACUGGGGCUUGUGGUUCAGCUCUCUGCUUGCUAACCACUAGGUUAGGAAGGAGAGAGCUUAGCCAUGAGCCCAAGUUCAGACAACACACGAAACCAACCCUGACGUGCUUUGGCACAGUGCUGCAGCAAAAAUGACCAGGGAGGAGCACAGCGGCUAUAAGCUUCUCUCCAGGAGCCAGCACAGGCUUAGUAAGGUAAGGUCUGGUUUUGCAGGCCUUGUGAACCAGGCCAUGGUGUCUCAUGUGAUGUAUCCUCAGUGCUGGAGACACAGCAGGCGGCAUAUAUUUCUUAACAACUUUCUUCAUAUUAUCCUACAAGAGCAGCUUCUCUGACCACGCUCCUAAAAAACAACUGACUAGAACAGAGAUGGGUCUUCAUUUUUCCUUCUUUUAGGAAACUUCAUCUCUUGAGGAACCUUCACGCAAACAAGGGUGGGGAAUAAAUAAUAGAAUUAUUAUUACUGCUACUUCUUCUACACUAAGACUAUUAAACUGAGUGACUAUGCUACAACUGUGUGUUGGGACACUUGCAAUUGUGAAAGCUUAGUGAAACUCACCAACCACCAGCAGAGUGUUGGCUGCAUUUGGCUGGCUGUUAAGUGCAAGAUACUUUUUAGUUAUUGGGAGGAAAUGUGUAGUUGCAUUCACAUCUACAGCCUGAGCAACUUUCCUGUGCUAGAUCCUUUUUUGGACAUUGUUAACAUUUGCCAAAAGGGACUCCACUGGCAGCACUUCUCUAAAGCUGUCCUCUUAUAAGCAGAUCUCUAUAAAAUUUCACAUGGAAAGGAGUUCCUUGUGUGACUAUUUUCUUCUGGCAGUAACUAGGCUGGAGUGCCAGAACACCUUGACUUUACAUUUUGAGAAUUCUGGUUAGGGUGAGGACAAAAUAUCCUUGCAGUUGGAAUGAGCACAUCCAAGUUCGGUAAAGCAGCUAGGCUUCUCCACAUUGGAGUGUACUGUGUGUUUUACAGCUGCUUGUUUUUAUUUCUCAGUCCUUGAGAAUGAAGGAUCUUCAUCUUAUUUACUUUGUCAAUUUGUUUGGCUACUCUAAUUGUUUAGUUUCUGCCUGUAAAGUAUUUUAAGUGCUCUUUGAUUAAAAUUGAAUCAACUUUGUAUAAGGGGUAAAAACUAAACUUUUGCCUUAUUUUCCCUUCUUUCUUUGUGCUACUGGGUUACAAAUAUGAGGAAUUCUUUGUUGGCCAUCAGGUUGGCACAGACUGGAGAUUGGUCAAAUAUUGUAAAAGACAUAACUUUCUGUAUCCCCACAAAGUUGCUCUCAGGUGUUCUUCCUUUUUUCAUAACACUUCAGCUCCAUAUGCAACUUUUAAAAUUGUGGUAGGAAAUGGCCAGUUCGUUAGCACUUGCAUACCUCUGCAGUUUCCCAGUUCUUCUAUAAGUGUACCGUAUUUUUCGCCCUAUAGAACACACUUUUUCCCCUCCAAAAAUGAAGGGGAAAUGUGGGUGCGUCCUAUGGGGCGAAUACAGGCUUUCGCUGAAGCCUGGAGAGCGAAAGGCUCUCGCUCUCCAGGCUUCAGGAAGCUCUGCGCAACCCUCCGGAGCCCGGCGCCAAGCCGCGCCGGCCUCUGGAAGGUCACGCACAGCUGCCUGCCCUCCCGGGGUCCGUGCAGCUCUGCGCGACCCUCCGGAGCCCGGCGCCAAGCCGUGCCGGGCUCCGGAGGGUUUCACAGAGCUGCCUGCAUUCCGAAGCCUUGGGCGCGCUGAAGAGCGCGUCUGGGCUUCGCACAGCUGUCCGCAAGCCUGGGGAGACUGGCGCGGCUCCCUAGGCUUGCAGAUAGCAGGCUGUUCUGGGGGCUGGGGUCGGGCAAAGCUCGGGCUUCCCCCGUGCCAGCCCCGUGCCUGGGGGGGAAAUAAUUUUUUUUCUUUAUUUCCCCCCCCCAAAAAACUAGGUGUGUCCUAUAGGGCAGUGCGUCCUAUGGGGCGAAAAAUACGGUAAAUGUGUUUUAUUUUCUUUUUUCAGCUAAACAGACUAGUAAUGUACUUUGAGGAAGGAAGCUUUUAAAAUUAUCAGUACUGUACUUUGAACUUUCAUACAGUGGGCAUAUUGAGUGAAUUUGAGGGAGAAUUCCAUUGAUGUUAAAGCAAAUAAAUCAUAAAUGAAGACUAGAACAGGGGCAGGUGUUUGACUUGUGUAGCAUGAUUUUUAUGGGUAUAAUUUCGAUGGGACUGGAAAGUAAAUAUGCAUUAGAUUGUAGCUUAUCAUUUUUGUUGAUUUUUAAAAUCAAAGCCUUCCCUCUCUCCACUGGUUUAUCAUGAAUCCCUGGUCUUUAUAUUUUCAGUCCUUGACCUGCCACCACACGAACAAUACGAAUUCUAGGCAUGUAGACUAUAUAUAUUGCUUCAUAUAAUCAAGCUAUUGGAAUCUUCCAAAUAUGUAUAUUUCAAGGGCUGCCUUAGUGGUGAAUUUGUUGUAACUUACUAGUAUUUUUAUUUCUAACAGUACAUCCUCUCUGGCUCUGAUGACUUUAAUUUAUACAUGUGGAGAAUUCCUCCGGAUCCAGAAGCAGGUGAGUGUUCCUGUAGAAUCUUCCAAAUUAAGUUAAUAGCACUAGGAAAAGCAGUCUUCUAGAACAGUGUUUCCCAAAGUGUGGUGUGCAUACCCCCAGGGUUACACUGAAGAGUUUCAAAGGGUACAUGGCAGAAUUUGCUCUAGUCUAGAUAUUAAAACUACAAAUUAUCUUCUCCCGAAAAGGCCUACCACUGGUAUAACCUCUCAAAAGAGGUAUACAAUCAUUAUAAGUUUGGGGAACACUAUUCUACAAUAUUAGCAAUUUAUGCAAGAGGUGCAUUAUUGGGGCCGCCUUCCUGGACAUGCAUACCUUUGUGUAAACUCAGUGAUGUUUGCAAUCCUUUGCAUGUCUGCUUGGAAGCACUGAAGUUCUCCUGAUUUGUGUGUGACGUGUAUGUAUAUAUCCUCGUCCCCAUCGCCGCCUUAAUCAAAAUCAUCUCUCCCCCUUAGCUGCUCUUUGCCUUGUAGGGGUGGGGAAUACAGGUAUCUGUAUUUUUCACCUAACACUGUGCUAUUCAUUGAUGCAAUCAAUCCGAGUAUGUAACAGUUUAGAAAUGCAACAGCUAAGACACACAAAAAGCAUUACAUAUUCACAAUAUUAACAACUACUGAAACACACAUGCACUAAGUUUAGUGCUUUAAUUUUAGCUCUUUGUUGGUCUAUGUAUGUUGUCAUGAGUGUUACUGCUUUCUACUUUUGUGUCCCCAACAUGGCUGUUUUUUAAAAAACAAAAUGAAGGUUCCUUCAUGUUCCACUUCUGGGCUUCCAGAGGCAUCGUUUGUUGAGCAGUGCGGUUGAGUGACCAAGCUGAAAUACAUGAAGUAAUAAGUUCUUUACUGUGCUGCCAAGCGCUACAGUCAAAGGGCUUUUUGGAGAAAACUUGGUUCUCUUCAGUACUUUCAGCACUUCUAAGUAAUUGUCAAGACUUGCCUAAAGGUCCAUGGUUUUGAUGACCGAACCAACCCAGCCUUAUAUUUGUAUGACCAAGUGAAUGUAGUUCUCCUGUGAAAAAGGAGACACAGACCGGUUGGGUUCAGAGACCUGGAAUUCUUAGAAACAUAAGAACCAGGACGUGUACUGUGUCUUAUUAGAUAGCAGGUUUGUUUUAGAGUUCCUUCCUUACUUGCAGCUACGUGCAGAUUGCUGUUCUUCCUUCCAGAAUUCCCUUUCCCCCAGUCUGCCUACUGUAAGUCCUGGGGUGAACUAGUCUACACUUAACUCAGAGCAACCUGGAAUCCUGGUUUGGAUCAAGGAAUGGAUCUGCCAUAAGCAUUACAGUGACUAAUCAAUUGGUAAACCACCAAGAGAGUAGAUAAAAACAAAAGCAUUUGUGUUGGCUUGCCCUUUACUUGAAGUAGCUUUUCUUCCCAUCUCUGUUGAGGCCAUCACUACUUUACUUUCUGGAUAAUAGUUAGUACCAACAGUAUAGUAAAAUGGAAUGGCCAUCUAUCUGCCUGCCCAUAGUUCUGAAGUUGCUAAGGGAAAGACUGACUAUGAUUUGGAAGCUUCAUCUGAUGAGAAAUGCUGCUGUACGUCUCCACAAGGCAUUCCUAUCUUCAGCUUGUUCUGUUCCAGUUACAUUGGUUAUCAAUACGCUGUUUUUCACAACUAUAUGUGGUAUGCAUGGAUGCAGGCUUACUGGAGUUUUUGAAUAUUUCACCACUGGCAUAGUCCAGAGUCAGGGUGUCCUUGACUUAAGGCAGUUUUACUUGCUGCCAAUGAAAUAGUGACUAAUUUAGUGGAAGGUGCACAGUGGGAUAAGGGCAGUGGUGGACUUAUGGCCUGUAGCUGUACACAGCUAGUAUUUCAAAUUCAGUGCAAACAAGCCAUUCUUUGGUAUAUGGAGCUAUUCUCUUCUGUUGCUGUUUUUUUCCAGGUGGAAUCGGCAGGGUGGUUAAUGGUGCAUUUAUGGUAUUGAAAGGUCAUCGUUCAAUUGUGAAUCAGGUCCGAUUUAAUCCCCACACCUACAUGAUCUGCUCCUCAGGUGUGGAAAAGAUUAUAAAGGUGAGCCCUUUUCCUCCGCUUUGCCAUGGCUGUUGAGUAUCCUCUUCUCAGAUCUUAAAGUAAAUGAAACUUCUUUUGAAUGUGUAAACGUUUCCUUGCUCGUUCUGUGAUGCGUGUUCUUAAGCAGAACAGUUGGUUGCUAUGAUCAUGCAGGACUUGUGUUCUUUGCUAGAAUGUGCUUCAUAUUCUUCAUUUAUUGGGAAAUACAAGUUAAGGCAGCCACACACACCAGCAAAUGGCAUGUUUAAUAUAACUGCACAGCUAGUACAGUCGAGACACCCACACACUUUAUCCCCCUCAUUGAGAACCAAACUAGAUAAAAUGUUGGCAGCCUGCUCAUGUCUCCCACAUAUUUGGGUUUUGUGGGGGGUUGCUUGUUUACUGAAAUGCAGCCAUGGAAGGGGGGCGCUGAAAACUUGAUCAAGGAAACAAAGGGUUUUCUUGAGCCGAUUAUUAUAAUAUUUAUUCAUACCUUGCUUUUUCCCUUAUAGGUUUCUAAAGUGGCUUACAGAUAAAAACAUGACUCACUAAAAACAUUUUUAAAAAACCGAUUAAACAUCAAUAGAAUUAAAACUAUAUACAUAUAUGAAAUCUGUUUCGAACAUAACAAAUAAUUGCAAUAAAAACCACAAAUGAGUUGUCCAAGGCAUUUAAGCAGCUGUCUUUUAUCAAGAGCAGCAACUGUAUUGAGGGGUGCUUUUUGAGAGAAAGCAUGUCCACUCAGGGAGCCCCUCUUCAUAGAGGAGGCUUUUUCAUUGUCCAUGGAUGAAUACAUGCCCUUGGAGGCCUUCCCUGACACCUGCAGGGUCCCAUCCUCCCACCCCUUCCCUGCUGAAAUUUGGCUUGGGAAAGUUUAACUUUUGCUCCCCAGCUGCACACUCUGGGUUGGUCACCCUCACUUAAGCUUAGUGGGGAGCCAAAGGGCGUUCCCAGGGCUAAAUACUGGCAGGGUGAAGGGAAUGAGUCUACACCCAUGUGCAUAGUUGUGGGAUGUACAUGGUGCUCCCAAUAGUUUCUCCACUUUGUAAAUAUGUCCAUAGCUGGCGCCCCCUGUUCUGUGGGUAAAUAACCCUUAAGAUCUGAAACAACACUCAGCUUCUCCAGAUGUUCAUGCAAGACACAGUUGUAAGGAGUGAUAACUUGAUAAAUAUUUAUGAAAACAGUAGAUGGUCUGAAAGGUUUAAUUGCUUGAAACACUCUUAGAGGCUACUGCCUGUGCAGCAGUGAGGUUAUCGGAGUUGGGUGCAAACCACGACAUUAGCUGUUUUGGGGAUGGUGCACAUACUUGGUUUUGGUUCUACCACAGAACACGUUGGCCGCAUUUGCGUCGCCUUCCUUCAAAUCCAGGAUUUUACCCAUUCUAAAUGCCGAACAAACCUGUGAAGUAGCCAUUUAGCUGAGAGAGAGGGAGUUUCAUGGGUGGAGAGGGGCUUGAAACUCACUCUUCCUGGUCCAAGUCCCAACUCCCUUGUUACUGCACCACACUGGCUCACUGACGUUGAGCUGAACCCUUGAGUAGAUCGUCUUGUGCUCUUUUAUGUAUAUACAGGUGCCCUGUAGGCUUAGAAAGCAGGUUCAAGAGGAUUUAAUUCUACGCCUGUUCUGUUUUCGACCAUCCGCUGAAGAGCUUUGUAAAUGUCUUUAGGGCAGAUGGCAGUAAUUGAGGUAUAUCAUGUAAACACUUUAGUCAGUUGCACAUUGACUGACUGACUGUAACCCUGUUGGCCAUUUACAAGCUGGGGGUCAUGGCUGGCCCAAAUCCUGCCAGCAUGGUCCACUGCCUGUCUGCAUAAUACAGUACCAAGAAUCUAUAUUCAGUCGGUGUCUCUGGCUUGCUCUUUGAGUUUGCUACUGCUUUCUCACCCUAUUCUCCAGAUACUAAUGCAUAUUUAAAAAGGGAUAUAUCUGGCAGCAGCACAAGCAAGGAUUUUAAUUACACUGUGUUGUAUACCAUUGAAAUGCCUUACUUCUUGUUUUCGAGACGUCUGCCCUAACUGUAUUUACACCAGUUUCUGCCAAACGGGUAUACAGUACGCAUAGACUUAAUUGGUUCAGUUUGAAGCCUCUUGUGAAAUUUGGGUGUAAUAACCAAUGAAGCUCUGAAUCUUUCCUGGGUGACGGUACUUGGUCUGUUGGAUUAAUGUAUGUAUAUAAACAGCCCCUGUGUUGCUUUUGUUGCACCUACAUUUUUUUGGGGGGGGGGGGAUAGUGAUUCAGUUAAGUGUCUUUUUCAAGAGCUCUCCCAACCUGAAAGGUUGUGGUGCUUGAAUGCCUCUGGAAAAGAGAAUUCAUGUUAGAUCAUAGGUUCAGCAUGUGUAUUUGUGAAACAUGCCUAUCUUUUCUAAUGUACAAGCUUAAAACUAAUUAUGAGGAAGAAAUAUUGAUGUAUGUAACUGCCAUGCUGGAACUCCAGUUUUUCUGUGCCUUGUUCUCAUUUUUGCAAGACAACCUAUUUUGGGACAAGAAUGGCUCAGCUUCAGAUUGCUUGCACCUAAGCUCAUAUCCUACGAUCACACAUUGUAGGCCAGCCUUGUGAGCCCCUUAUAGACUUUGCCGCCUGUUCAGAUCAAAAUGUGAGGCCCUGCACUGGAAUUUUCACCUGGGUAAGGUUGAAUUGGCAGGAACCCAACAGAGCAAUUCUUUGCAAGGGCUCCCAAUUUUAAUAACCCUUCAGAAAGCUGAUCUAUCUGGCUCCUAAAUCCUUAGAGGGGUUGCCAAAACUUGGCCUUGAGAGGAAUUUGAGAGGUGGAUGAGUGGGUGUGGACAGCUGCUGAUGACUUUUCUGUUUUGGCGUGUUAUGAAUUAAAGUAAAUUUAAAAUCCAGCUUUAUCUGAAUUGUUAGCAUGGCUUGAUGACAGAGUAAUUUUGUGUAAAGUUUUUAUGUGGACGAUAGCCUUUGAGAAGAGACUUUAAACUAAAUGGAGAUUACGAAGCAACGCCAUGAUUCAGAGAGAACAUAAUGGUGAGUCAAAGGAGGAGACUGCAGAAAAGCUUACUUGGCAGGCAGAUGUUGCUCUGCAAGCGGUAGAAAGGUAGAGUUGUGUACACUAUUGAGAGAAACUGACUGAAGUCUGUAGAGGGCUUGACAGCAGGAGGGCAGUGUUGAACUGAAUAUUGAUGGUAGUGGCAACUUGUCAAACUGUGUGGGAGGGAAAGUUGUAAGGUAUUGCUGAUUUAUACUUUAAUGAAAAUUGAAAUGCACUACUAUGUAAGAGAUGGAAGGUUUUUUCAGCCAUGUUUCUAUGGAGACAACCAUAGAGACAAGCUACUAUCUGUCUCUUGCUUUUAUAGGAUAAUUUGAUGUAGCACACCUAAUUAUAUACACUUGCAGCAAAAUCAUAAUUUAGCCUACCUGAACACAGCGUAAAAUAUCUUGCUGGCAUGUGACUUAACCUGACAUCUCUGAAAGGUCACCUUCCUGCAUGUAAAAGGAGUCUGAGGCUUUCCUGGCAACUGCAGGUGAUAAUAAAAAAGGUUGCUCCUUUGAAGGGCUUUGCUUACUUCUCAACUUCUAUCCCAACUCUAAAAUCUUCCCAAAGAGUAGCUGUGUUCAUCUCUUGCAACAAAAAACAAUCAGUCUUGUGUCUCUUGUGUCUCCUUCAAUACGAAUGCAUAUAUCGUGACAUAAGCUUUCAGGGACUCAAGCCCACUUGUCAGAUGCAUGAAUUGAAAUCUUAGUUGGCAGGUAAACAAAGGAGAAAAUGGUACGGUGGGAGUCAUGUCUAUCUUGUUACAUUCUUUGGUAGUAAGUGCCUUUACAAGGAUUUCUUCUGCAAAGUCAUGUUUUUAGGAUUCAGGUUUUCAAAGUGGGUGUGGGGACUAGGCUUGAGGAUGGUAUGAAAGAAUGGAGUGAGGGAAGGGUGUGAAGUUCCUGACUUUAUUUUCAAAUAAUUGAAGGGGAAAUUCAAUAGCCAUUAAAUUUUCUCCCUUUUGAUUACUGCCUAACCUGUUCUUUGGUUUUGAUAUUACCGGUAUCUUUCUAACCCAAACUUUUCUACAGAUGCAUGAGAACUAAUGACUUGUAUGUAUUUUUUUUCCCCUUACUGACAUUUGGAAUCUCCCCAGAUUCCACAUUCAUGUUGUCAUCCAAUGGGUGUUCCUUGCAGGUCUUCCUCAAAAUUGGACUAUUCCGUUAUUAUGCAGAAUUAAAAUAGGAACAACCUCCGCGUGUCUGUACUUUUUGUUCUGGGGGAAGUAAUUUGAGGGAGGCAUUUCUGAAUUCAGCUACUUACUGAACUGGUUCCUUUAAAGGACUGUUAAGAGGACCUAUCAGGACUCAGCAGCACUAAGGACUCAGCAGGACUCAGACCCAGUCACAAAUAUCCCCUUCUUGGGCAAGGUGAUUAAAAGCAUGGUGGUGGUCCAGCUUUAAGCCUGUGCGAAGGAAGCUGAGCAUCUGGACCCAUUUCAUUCUGGCUCCAGGCCUCUUCAUUGUACUGAAACUGCUUUGGGUGCCUUGUCUGAUGACUUUUGUUGAGAGAGAAGGGGAAUGCAACCCUGUGCAUUCUCUUUGACUUCUCUGACUUUUGGUAGUGAUGACUAUGGAAUUCUUCUGGACUGACUGGGGGGGGGCACCAUUUUACUGGGGUUAUGUUCCUACCUCCAGGGUCAGUUCCAGAAGGGAGCAAUUGGGGGAGGGCUGUUACUUGAAACCCUGGGAAUUGACCUGUGGAAUUCUGCAGGGGUCCAUUCUAUUGUCCAUCCUGUUGUUUACUUGGCCUGGCCCCUUGGGGUGAAAGGCUGAUAAUAAAUAGCAGAACUAAAAUAAGAUAAAUAUGUAGAGCACGUCUCUCGAAGGCCCCAACCCACAACUUAGGUGAGGGCUAGAUGAAGGUGGGGAGGUAGGGCCUGCUACAGAAGGGCUGGCAAGCAAUUAAUUUUUUUAAGAAGCGGAUUAGGAUAAAUGGGCAUUACCUCCAAGCCCUACUAUGCUGUUUACCUCCCAUGUGCAUAGAUCUGCUAGCAAAAGAGGAUGGAUCAUGUCUGCUGUUGGUGAUUAAAUGAGCACAGAUGUACACUAACAGGCAUGAUCAUCCUCUUUUGCAAGCACAGCCUUCUGCCUGGGAGGUGAAUGGUGUCAGGUGGUUCUGAUCAUCUGUGCUAAUUCAACCAUAUAAUUGUCUUUUAGUGCUAGCCUAGGUGUAUUUUUAAGAAAUACUUGGUAGGACAGCAAAAUUCUAAGCACCCCCAUCAGCCUCAUAGGCAUACAUGAUUGGAAAUGGCUGCACUGCUGUUAUCAUGGCAUUUGAGUAUAGGGGAACCAAUAACAACAACAACAACAACAACUGCUAUUUUAUUACUUCUACCCCACCCAUCUGACUGGGUUGCCCCAAUCACUCUGGACGUCUUCCAACAAAAUAUAAAAGCACUGUAAGACACCAAACAUUAUAGAUGUUCAGCUUACAUUGUGCAGCCAUCCACAACUGCUGAGAUGCUGAACCAUGCAACUUAUUGAAACACCACAACACGUCUCUAAAACAAGCUCUAGCUUUAGUUUCCUGGGAAACAAACGCCUUCCUUUCUGCCUAGACUUUUAUUCAGAAAGCAACCUAGUAUUCUUACCACCUCCUUUCUCUCUCUCCCCCCCCCCACUUGUAAACACCUAUUAGAUAAAAAUAGAGUUCUGCAGUCUGGCGUUCAUUUCAUUUCAAGCUGGAAGCAUUUUAUGAGUUGUGAAUCCUCAAGUGUAGGUGGGGAAACAUUUUGCACGUGAAAUGGAACAUCUUUGUGAAACUGAGUAAAAAGAAUUGUUCUUUAAGAUCAGCUACACCAAUAGUCUUGCAAAAUGAUAUAGGUAUAUCAGUAGACUGCUGAAAAGCCUUAAAAUAGCAACCGGGUGAUAUAUAUAAAGCAACACUUCUUUUUAUUCUUUUUACAGAUCUGGAGUCCUUACCGGCAGCCUGGUUGCACAGGAGAUCUGGAUGGUAAAAUCGAGGACGAUUCCCGUUGUCUGUACACACAUGAAGAGUACAUUAGUCUUGUGCUAAACAGUGGCAGUGGCCUGUCUCAUGACUAUGCCAAUCAGUCAGUCCAAGAGGAUCCACGGAUGAUGGCCUUUUUUGACUCCUUGGUCCGUCGAGAGAUUGAGGGGUGGAGCUCUGAUUCCGACAGUGACCUUAGUGAAAGCACAAUCCUGCAGCUCCAUGCCGGAGUAAGCGAGCGUUCAGGGUAUAGUGAGUCUGAGUCCUCCACAUCUCUGCAUCACUCCCCACCUCACAUGACGGAAGAAUCUGAUGAAGCUGCCUAUAACUUGGGAACCUUGAGAUCUACCGAAUCUCCACCAGCCAGAGAAGCUGUGGCUUCUCGCCAGCAACGUUUGUCUGCACUGAGAAGGUACCAAGACAAGCGUCUCUUGGCCCUUUCUAAUGAGUCUGAUUCUGAUGAAAAUACUUGUGAGACGGAGCUAGAUGCUGAUCUCUUCCCAAGGCCCAGGUCCCCAAGCCCCGAAGAGAAUGACUCGAGCAGCUCCAGCAGCAGCAGCAGCACAGAAGAUGACGAGGAACUGAAUGAGCGCCGUGCCUCAACCCGGCAACGCAACGCACUAAGGCGCAGGCAGAAGCCACAAAAGGAAGAAAGGACUAAUGCAAAUGCCAGCACAGAAAACACAAGUACCUACUUAGGCGAAGACCUCUAUGAUUAUCCCCAGAUCAAAGUGGAUGACCUCUCUCCUUCUCCAGCCUCAUCUCCCGAAAGGAGUACUGCAAAUACUGAGGUCCGCAAAGAGAAGGUCUCUCCUUGCUCAGAAAGUGAAUCUGUAGACAGGAAGAUCUACAAAGCUUUCAGGUGGCUCCACUAUUCUUAUAUGUCUUAUGCAGCUAACAAAGAUGGCGAAACUUCGCAUGGAGGUGGUGAAAGUGAAGGGAGACCUGGAACGAGCAGAAAAACCCAAGGUGGGCAGGAUCCCUCUACUGAAAACCGCAACAAGGAAACCUUCAAGGAACGUAGCUCGGCAGAAAAUUCUAGAAAUGGUCAAGAUCAUGAAUGCGAUAAUCAGCGGCAGCUGGAGGAUCAAGAGAACGUCACCCAAGGGAACGGAAACAGUGGGACUGUGGAGCAUUCGUUUGAGAUGAAGAAGCUCAAUGGAAAAGCCACAUGCAAAGGCCGAAGUAGUUGCACUGAAGAGCCACGCAGCCAGCCUGCAGGAUUUGUGGAGCAGAAAAGUAACCAGAAUUGUCAACCUGCCCCCAGCCACAACCCACUGGUUGUCUCGAAGGAUUCAUUUUCCACCGCUGCCACCUGUAGUGGAUCUGGAAAUUACUCUAGAAACCCAACAGAUGACAAUGAGGACAGGAACACGGACAAUUCCUGUGCAAACCACAAUAAUGGUCACUUGCACCCUCGCUCUUCUUACCUUAGUAACGGACAGAGUUUUGGAGAGCAGGAGGCUGUGGCUCAAGGAAGACAAUUACACUUAAAUGCUGAUAAUGGCAGCCUUGUGCAGACAUGCACAUCCUUGCACAAGGAAUGCAGCCUGUCUGCAACAGACUCUCCCAGUCACACCGUGAGCACGAAAGAGGAAGCUGCCGAGUUGCAUCUUCCAGGCAGUGAUGGCUCGCAGAUCCGUGGGCGACAGAAAAGGCAUAGAACAGAGUUUGAAGACACAGAUUCUGAGAAGUCUUCCUCAGAAAAGAAGUUAAAAACACACACAGCCUGGGUUUGAAAUGUCACAUUUCCAGUUCUCCAUUCCAUUCUCCAGUGGGUCUAUUUUAAAUUGCCAGGGGCUAUGUUGUAUAAAAAAAAUCUAAUCAACCUUUAAAAUGAGACUGAGUAUAGUGUACCCUUACAAGGUUCUGUUCAAGUAAAUCCUUAUUCAGACAGUUGACUUAUUCUCGUGUGAUGUGUGGUGUUUGUUCAGCUAGCUACCUAACGUGGCUAUUGUAAAUCUUACUCUUCUGAAAAGAAUUAUUUGCGUGUUGAUACUGUGGGUUUUAUAGCCUCAUUGACUUGAGUGAUAGGCAACUGACAUCUAUGACUGAUGCUUCUGGGGUGUUUUUCUGCACAUGAAAAUGGGAGCAAAUUGGGUGCAGCCUUCUAACCCUCUCCCAUGCUUCUGAAGUCUUAAAGAAGAGUGACUGUUUGAUUUGGUGGAAGCAUUCUCAUGGUUUAUGUAUGUAAAGUAACAUCACACAGCUGUUUGUACUUAAAGUAAUCCAAUUACUCAUUCAAGAAGCAGGAGAUGGUUUUGUUUGAAACUGUUAAGGUAGUAUCCAGAAUGACCUUGCUCUUUUUCCUUCUUCUAAAGUUAAGCCUCUCCUUCCACAAAGUAGCCAUAUUUGUCAUUGGAUUAGAACGUAGACUCCACUCCAAUUGAAAUUCACUAGAGGUAUAAUCUGGAAGCACUGCUGUACUUCCCAUGGCUUCAUUUGCUGUCCCUAAGCUAUUACCUGAUUUACAAAAUAACUUGCAGGAAAGCUACACGAAAUCUUGUAUGUAGCUACAACUCUUGUGUCUGCAUGAAACUGGUGAUACAGUCCAGGAAAGAUGGUUAGUGUAACUCGGAGGAGAAAAAUGCAUAUUGAUGUACCUAACAAGCUAACUGUGAGCGUAAACUGAAUCUUGAGACCCGGUUCUCUCUUCUUUUCUUUUCCUUUUUUAAAAUAAUUGAUCUUCUUUGGAACAGUAGGCUGACUUUAGAGACCCUGGUUUUACAAGUCCUGCACUACUGUUCAAAAGGUGCAGAUUGAUGUAUGGUUUCCAAUUAAACAAAUAUUUUUGUGUGUAUUGACUAUCUUGUUUUUUAUGGUAAACCAUAACAUUGGUAUAUAUUUUUGUAAUACAAUAGUUAUACACUGGAGAGGGAAUGGCCUUGCAGUUCAACACUUGACACUGGUAAAUUCUUCUGGGAUUCCAAGUAAACAGAAAUGUUAAUCAGCC